CACGGCACGAUAAAACACAUCGACAUGUCGCGCACGUUCAUCCACAACGUCGAUGACGAAACGUUCCAGGGGUUGCGGCUGGAGUCGCUGAAGCUGGUCGACAACAAGAUUCAGGACAUCUCCGAGAAGAGCUUCAACUUCAUGCAGCACUCGUUGGUAUCGUUGGAUAUAUCGGACAAUCAGCUGCAGGGACUUCCACUGGAUUCACUGAAAAAUGUCCAUACGUUAAGCCGAUUAGUGGCACAGAGGAACAACAUCCACCAUCUGGACGGAAACUGGGGCGGCCUGGCAGAUUCGUUGCGGAGUUUGCACAUCUCCGGGAACUCCAUCACCGAGGUGUCAUUUUUCACGCACGAAGACAAACGACCCAACCACACAGUUCCCACCUUCCAGGCCUCUUCGUCGAUUAUUAGCGCCAAACAGCAUCAACCAUCGCAGCCGCAGCAGCUGACGAAACCGUUUGCCAAGCUGAAAAAACUAGUCUGGUUGGACAUUAGCUCGAACAGGAUCGCUCACAUCAGCCCGAACACCUUCCCGAAGUCACUGGUCACGAUCGAUCUGUCGAAGAAUAUUUUGGGUCAAUUUCCGGCUGCGGUACUGGAGCAUUUACACGAUUUGAGGAUUUUAUCUUUGAAAGAUAAUUUAAUCGUAAAAUUAAACGGACUGGAGCUCGGAGCGGUGAAGAUUAAGUUCGAGAAGUUGGAUCUCAGUGUCAACUUAAUAGAUGAACUCCCGUCCGGGUUGUUUAAUGGAACAGUUCGGGUUAAGGCGAUCAACUUCGAUAAGAACUACAUCCGGUCGAUUCCGGCGGAAGCUUUCCGUGAUUUAGGCGUUAUACAUAUGGUACUGGCGUUUAAUUUCAUCGAACAGGUGGAUGACGAAGCGUUUUCAACGUUGGAAAACAGCUUGGAGUAUUUGGAUCUGGAACGCAAUCGGUUGCUAGUGGUGCCUAGUGCGAUUGGUACCUUAAAUAAGCUGCGGUAUUUGUAUUUAACAUCGAAUGAACUGACGGCGGUGGGUCGACUGCCAGGAACGUUGAAAGUUUUAUCGCUGAGUGGCAAUAAUUUCACUUCAAUUCCGGUGGAUGGACUGGCUAAUUGCACCGAACUUUCGUACCUUAACAUGGGCUAUAAUAAAAUUGCUGAAAUCGAGGAAAAUGAUUUCGUCGGAUGGGGUGCCAACCUGCAAACAUUGUUGCUGAGGAACAAUAAAAUUACCAGCCUUAAUUAUGGGGCUUUCAACGGAUUGGAUACUAUUAAAGAGAUCAGUUUAAGCUUUAAUGAUAUUCACUACGUGCAUCCGAAUGUGUUCGAUAACAUUUCCAGCACGUUGAAGAUUCUUGAACUAUCGUUCGGAAUUUACCGUGAAGAAUAUCCGAUGGAUGCGCUGAGCGUGCUAACGGAGUUGAUGUGGCUUGGACUCGAUAAUAACAAUUUGAAACUAAUUCCUGAUGAGGCCCUUUCACAACUCGGCCAGCUAACGUACGUGAAUUUCGCAUUCAAUCGUAUUACUUCCCUGCCACGUACGGUGUUCCGGGCGGACAUACACAAAAAUCUCGUCGAGAUUGAUUUAUCAUUCAACCUGAUCGAAACGUUGCACACCAACACGUUCGAUAAUUUGGAGCUGAUUCAAAUCAUAAAUUUGUCCUCGAAUAAAAUAAAAACCAUCGAGAAAAACAGUUUUUACGACCUGCCAUACCUGACGUACGUGGACCUGUCCUUCAAUGGCAUUCAGAAUGUGAGCGAAUGUGCGUUCAGCUUCCUACCGGCACUGCUCAGCGUGGACCUGAUGCACAACGAGCUGGGCUCGUUUUCACUGAAACUGUUCAAGCACGUCUCGAAUGCCACCACCCCCAUGAGGCUGAACAUUAGCAACAAUGCGAUCGAUAAUUUCGACGGCGACGUCAAUUCGUUGCUGUACGUUUAUUCACUGGACGCCAGCAAUAAUAUGCUACACGACCCGGCCGCCUUCCGUGCAUUGGCCUACUCCCUCCGGAUUCUCUAUCUCAAUUGGAACAAUUUCAGCGCGCUCGGAAAUCACGCCUUCGGUGAUUUGCAGAUACUGGAGAUUCUCAACCUUGCCAACAACAAUAUAUCAUCAUUACGAAGGCGCAGCUUUGCCGGGCUAGUGAACCUCCAGGAAUUUGAUUUGAGCAACAACAAACUGGAAAUGCUUCAAAUUGAGCAAUUUUCUCCUUUGAAAAAAUUACGUCUGCUGAAGCUUGGCAAUAAUCGCCUCCGAGCAGUGCCACGGGAUGCUUUUCUCAACACUCGAAUCGAGUAUUUGGAUCUGUCCAACAAUUUGUUCGCCGCUUGGCAAGCAACGGCAUUUGCGGACAUUGGGUUCACCCUGCGCUCCAUUCAGUUCAGCAAUAAUCUCUUGGAAUUUCUUGAUUCCUACAUGUUCACUAGCACUCAGUUUCUUCUGGAGCUGAACCUUUCAAGCAACCAAAUCAAACUCAUUCCGGAAAGUGCAUUCGCCAAUCUGCACAAUCUAACCAUUUUGGAUAUCAGCUGGAAUCCGUUCAUCACAAUUAACUUUAAAGAGCUCUUUCUGAACGUCCCUCGAUUACGUGAAUUAAAUCUCCAACAAACCGGUCUAUAUCGAGUGCCAUCGUUGGUUCUGCCCCAGCUUGUCUCCCUGGACAUUAGCCACAAUCACGUUCAGGAAAUCGAUUCACUCGAAGAACUUUACUACCUCCGAGAAUUCUACGCCGACAACAACAAAAUCAACAACAUCACCAACCUGCUCCGAAACCUGCCCCAAGCCCUCCGUGUCCUUGACAUCUCCCGAAAUCCCAUCCGUAAAAUAUCCUUCCACGAUUUUGGUCUAACGCGCCGCCUGGAAGAACUCUACAUCGAAGACAUCAAAAUCGCCAACCCGGACAUCUUCAUCAAACUGCACAGCCUGAAAAAACUACGCAUCAAUUCACAGCACAACUUCUCCGAGCUCGUCUCGAAGCUGCGUGGCCUCCAGGAGCUGUACGUGAACGUUUUCGAAGAACACAUCGGUGAUGAUAUGUUCACCGCAAAGAUGCACACCAUCACCAAGCUGAACCUGCUGGAAAUUACCGGCCGCCGGCUGGUUUCCAUCCACCACAAGGCCUUCGUCGGAUUAGCCCGGAAUCACGAUCUGAAGCUGCGGAUACGAAACACCCUGGUGAACGAUCUGCCGCCGGGGAUUUUCUACGCGCUCAAGUACAUUCCCAAGCUGAGCAUAGACCUGUCGGAUAAUAUGCUGGUGGCGCUGGCGCCCGAUAGCUUCUAUCCGAAUGCCAGUUCCUGGGAUGCGGUAGGAACCCGGAGUGUAACGGGGGGGAUGGACAUCUCCAACAAUCCGCUGCAGUGCGACUGCGGGCUGGUGUGGCUCGGCCACUGGCUGAGGCGGUGGCUACGGGAGACGGCACAGGUCAACCUGAUACCGAAGGACGAAAUGAAGCAGAUGAUGCGGCGGGCGAAGCGAAGUACCUGCACUGAUCCGCUGACCGGUCGGCGGUUACCGUUCCUGGAGAUAUUUCCCGAGGAUUUGCUGUGCCACGCGAGUGCCCUCAGCAGUUUGGCACUCAAGCUGCGGUUCCGGUUUAUGCUCAUCUGUCUGAACGUGCUACUGAUAGCCGUACAUAAAUCAAGGAUUUUGAUAUUUUAAUGCCGACCGGAUGCGGUUCGCCUGCACAGACCCUGACCGGCAAAACGGCGGAAGAACAAUAACGAACUAACAACCGCACCGGAAGGAGACUCUGUUGCCACAACCGUUGAUUAUUUUUAUGUUUUCCAUACGGGCGGGAGCGGUACCGGUUUAGGUAAGGUUGAUUUCCCUUGCUCAUAGUAAAUCGAGAGGCUGCCGCGGUACGAUACGACAGCUAAUGGCCGAGAGGUAAGACGAUUAGUUUGUAAGCGAAAUGUCUUUUUCUAACAUCUGUAGGAUUGGGAACUCGUUGUAUAUAAUAGUUAAAUUUUUUUUAUAAGUACAAGGUCCAAAUUAGUGUUAACUCUGGAGGUGCGCUGAAACACGACCACCAAUCGGUUGAUUGCGAUCGCUGUAAGAAGAUGGCAAAGCUGUCGAAUGAGAGAUGUUUAAGCAGAAAAGUUAGCGCAAAAUUGUAUUAAAGCCAAUGCAUGUGAGUUACAAGCGAUUUGUUUCCCAUGAAGAAGAAAAAAGCUCCUCAAAUGUGAUAAACGAAGAUUUGCCAUAAAAACACAAAUGGAAAAACAAAAAAAUUAAGAAAAACAAUCAAUAAAACCGUAACCCGUAGUAAACAAAGUUAGCGUUCGACCCGAUAAAAAAAAUCGUAUGAUGUAAAUUAAUUAAGAGGUUAUUUUUUUGGCAUCUGUUUUCCAUUCGAGCUUCAUACUGCGAAGAAAAAGUUUUACCCCGGAUGCUUCCAAGAAAUACGAAAAAAAUAAAACCCAUGUUAAGGAUGUGAAAAUACUCAUUCUACCACCCACCAGUGAAAAAAAAGCUCCCGGAUGGAACGAAUAACUGCAGUUUGGCCAACAAAGAUGAUGAUUAAUCACGGAUAGAAUGUUUUUAUUCACUAUAAAAACAUUAAUUUAAAAACUUUUGAACUGGUUUAUUCGUAAAAAUAGAAAGAAGCUGCAUAAAAAUAGAAAGUUGUAUCGUAAAACAAUUUUGACAUUUAUGAAGAGCUUCACUUCUACCCCUUUUAACAAUUAAUGGAACUGUCCAAGAGCUUCUACCACGAAUAUAUUAAUGUCUUAUAGAUAAAAAUUCCCCUGGGAUGACCUGUGUCCAUGGCCUCCCAGAUUGAGACGGCUACUUUUGGAAUAUAGUUCUCUAUAACUGCCCGAUAUUAAUAUUUGAAAUUUAUGUUCAUAACUAAAUAUUUUUUAUUUAGAUUAAAGUAAGGGGAACAACACAUGAAUCAAUUAACGAAGCAUGAUUUUUCACGGUAUAUUCAGCCGAAGCACGCUCAGAGAUUUACACCAAUUAGCGGAAACAGUUUAUCAUAAGGUCAUAACGAUCCACACUGAAACUCGAAUGAAAAUGUAUCAUUCAAUAGGUGAUAUUUUUAAAUCCGCUCAAUGUUCCGUGCUGCAAAAAAGGAAAACGGCAACAGAAUCACAAUGUAUGAAUUCUGAACAGAAAGUCCGCUAUAGAAAAAGUAACAAGCAAAACAAUAAACCGUUAUUGAUUGCUAGUUUUGUGAAACGAGUUAUUAAACCAGUCAGUUGCCUGUGCUUCCUAUCUAUUUUUUUAUCAAGCGACAAUUUAUAUGAAACUAAAUUGAAACGUGGUAAAGUGUAACGCCAUAUUGAAACUGCAGUGAUUAAAAAAAUCUUUCCACAACCUUUGGUACUUUGUUCAAAUUUGUGUUCAAUUUAAAAAAAACUUUCGAAAUAUUUAAAUCGGUGGAAAUUACUGCAAAAAAAUCUAUAAAAAUAGUAAAUUAAAUCUUCGAAAAUUCAGAGAAAUAAUUCAUUUUUGCAAAACUCGACCACGAUUAUAUUCCAAUUGAAGCAAUUCUAUAGAAUUACUUCAGAGGCGUAACUAUAAAUUAGGUUUGGUUGGGGUUUAGAUGAAAAUCGUUGUGUUUUCGAUAAUGCUUGAAUUUAAUGUAAGUUUGAUAAAUUUUUGAAGGUUCAGAAACGAAAGUAGUCAAACAGAUGCCAUUCCAGUCUAUAAGGAAGAAGAAUCAAUACGGAACAGCUUCCAAAUCCCUAGAGAUUAUUUUCUUUAAUAAUAUGUUGAUGAAGUCAAAGAAUAUGUACUUUUAAUGUUUUCUAACGGCCAAAAUCACAUAAAUUCGAAUUAAUCAUAUUAGUAACUUAGUAGAAGUUUUCCAACCAAAAAGGGUAUCUUUUAAUAAAAUAAUUUUACUGAAAUAAAUUAUGGAGAAUUAGCUCUUCAAAACAAGUAAGAGACUUGGUGUCUUUAGCAAAGUUAUUAAUAAUAUCAUUGCAAACAAAUUUUGUUGAAAAUAUGAAGUUUAUUGACAUAUAAAAGGGUAUUUAGGAAAUCUCCUUAAAGUCAAACUUCAUCAAUAUAACUUUUUAUUUUAAGCUUCAGAGAUCUUAAAUAGAUUGGGAAUUUUAUUGUUUAUAAACAGCAGAAAAGUUAUCAAAUAGGGUAAUUUCGGAAGAGAUGCAGCACAUUUUAAAAAUUCAAUCCUGCAUCAAAGUAAACCAUGAAAUAUAUAAUGAAAUCAUUUUUAUCAAUUGCGACAAAUAUCUAAAGUAGGGGAAGGAGGAUAACAGUGGAACUUUGAAAACAAUACGUUACCCUCUUUCCCCUACACUGAAAUUGUUCACGUCAUGAUAAAAAAAUUUACUAAAUAUUUACGAACUACAAAAAAGGUCAUUUCGGGUGAUACGCCGCACAUGGUGCCAAACUGAAAAAUGGUGAAUAAAAGUAUUUUUUAGCUUUCGCUGAUAUUUUUGUGACUGGUUGUCUUCAGCAAAGUUUCAUGAACCUCGGUCUAUUACCCGACGAUGGACCUAGCUUACUUACGGAGAAUUCCACGGUGAGAGAAGAUCUUAUGAAACCGAGUUAACCAGCCAGGUUCCGAGGUCGGUCCGGUGAUUUCGUUGGAUUGUCGCAGAUGCUCCGACGACCCGCAAACUGGUGGUGUCUCAUCGUGAUCUACUUAGUCUAGUUCCCGACAGUGAAUCUUGCUUACGCUGACGGGGAGUUCCCUGGCGGAAGAAGUUCUUCCGACACCGAAGAAUCUUCUGUUUUCGCUAUAUUUUUCUCUGGUCUACCUGUAGAGUGCCGUGGUUAGUCCGACGAUUGCGAGUGGAGCGUGGUGUCCGGUUCGCUGACGCCCCAAAGACCCAUACCCCGUGCUCUGGCACGGUAUACUGGACUAAUCCUCAGCGGUAGAUCUAACCUACUCUGGCGAAAGUUUCCCGAAACCGUUGCUCGCUGUUCAUCACGCCAUUUCCGCUGUAGGGCAGUCAUGAUCACUCUGUUGACCGCGUUCUACGUGAUUGCAUCGCUUAUCAUUUUGUGAACAACAGUAUCCGGGUUGAUAUCCGGCCUUCCCGUUUCAAGCGUCUCUCUGCGUAUCGCUUCGAUCCUCGGGCAUUCGCAGACCACCUGCUCCGGUGUCUUCUCGAUGUUCUCACAUAUCAGGCCCAAGAGUAUCGUUGCGUACCCUAACUGAUGAAGAUUCUUCCUAAUUCAACUGUGGUACGACAAAAGCUGUGUUAGGUGAAAGUUCACCUCUACAUGCUUUCAAUUAAAACACGUUAAUAGGUUUAGGAUGAGCUGAUCGGUCCACUUUUCUUUUUCCGUAUUGCCCUAUUCCUUCAGCAACUUCCCCUUCAAAUCGACUCUCACCAUCUUCCUCACGUUUUUGGUGUUCUCAUAUUGUACCACUCGAUAUCCUCCGCCAGGGUGAUGCAGAUGGGGAUCAUCCCGGUGAUAAUGCAUACUGUCUCCGAAGAUGUUGUUUCGUACGCGCUCGCGACUUGUGCGACCAUCAGCCGGAACGUCAUGUACCGCUUGUCGCUCAAGGGCUUGGUUUUAUGAGCUGCCCACCCUGAACCCUAUAUCGCAGUAUCGAUAACGAAACACUAGCUAACAGACGUCUAGUGCUGCUUCUCGAACUGCCGAACGUUUGACAUGAACCUCGCUAUCCCGCUCUUUGCCUUCGCCGACCUUUCGCAGGCGUAGUCUACGUGGUUGUUGUAGCUCAACCGGUCGUCGAUUAGUUUUCCGAGUAUUCUGAGUGUAUUCAGCAGACAUAUAGGCCUGUGCGAGGCGAGAUCGCUCGGUGGCUGCCCUGGCUUUAGCAGCAUCACCAGCUUUCGUACCGUCCACUUUUCGGAGAAGUUGUCAUCAUCCAAACAUUUCUGCGGCACCGUCCUGGUCAUGUCAGGAUAUACAAGGAUCACAGCUUUCAGUGCCACGUUUCGUAUUCCAUCCGCACCAAGGGCUGGACGCCGUCUACUGCGUGGCUUCAGUGGUGGCGUUACAAGUCAUUACAAUUCUUCUUGGUAGAUCAGCCGCAUUAACAUUCUCGGUCUCUCUGUCCGGCCGAAGAACCUCAACGAAGAAGAGUUCCACUUUCGUUUGCUUGUCUUCCUUCUCCUUGCUGCAGUAGGGUUCCUUGACCGACGUGGUAGCGAAUCGCCUGGUGGACUUUCCAGUCCAUGUUAAUCGUCAGUAAAGGACUCCAGAAAGCGACGUCGAUGAUUGACUCCCUCCCGUUUCUCCAAAAUGUGCUGCAUUCGUACGUUUGUAAGUCUAACUUCAAUGGAGCUUACUGCAGGAUACAUCCUCUUGUGUUCGUUACUUUACUGCCCACUUCACAUCCUAGGUUUUGACAUCUCCACCACCAGUGACGGCUUUCGGCCGAUUAACUGCUCUGUUAACUGUUAACCUUGUAGGUGCGUAACAGCUGCGCUCGAAGACGCCGUUGAUUUUGACGACCACGAAGCCUUUUCCUCACGAGUUUUCUGUAGUUAUCCAUGAAAUGGCUCGACUUUUCAUCCAUUUAGUUCCCGUCAUUCCUCUUGUUUUCCGUCAUUAUCUCCAUCUAUUACAUUAUAUCGAUGCUCUGCGUACUUGAGCCAUUUUGCCUCGAACUCCAAUUGGAUAUUACCCAGCGGUAGUUUUGGUUUCUCUGAGCCGUUUAGCUUCCAUUUUCACGAGCUAUUUAGCUUUCGUCUCAGUGUACCAUUUAGCUUCGGUUUCCGUUAGCCCUUCAGAUCCCAGCUAUGUCGCGAUCUACUCAAAUAGUCCCCGGCGGUAAUCUAACCUUAAUCCGACUGAGAGUUCCACGGCAGCCGAAUUUCUCCGGAAACUGAUUCCCGCCUACUUGAGCCAUUGAGCUCCCAGGCGUUUAAACUACCCUACUCCGUAUCUCGGCAGCGAUCUAUCUAAAGGUGAUUUUAAACUGAUUUAGCAAAUGCUGCCCGAUACACACAACAGUGACCACUUCCCAAUUGCCAUAUCUGCCCCAAAAAAUUCCACAUCCCACAAACUAGAAAGAAGAUUGUUACCAUGGAGGAGCCUAGAAGUAAAAACAGCAGUAAAGUAGCGACGGAAAAGUUUGCGAGCCCUAAGACGAACGACCGAAUCCUAUCCAAGAAGACCGAGAGCACAAAAAAAGUUUUCGGAUAGCCCGGAAGGAGGCGAAAGAGACGAUCCAAAAAAACAAAGGAGCAGUCGUGGGAAAAACUCGUCAAUACCAUGUAUCCGACAAGUACGACCGGGGCAAUGUGGUACAGCGUAUCAUGGCAUACGGCAGAUCGAAAAUACUGUCAUCAAAACAGUUAGCGGGUAUACAAAUGAUCACGAAUAAAUUGGGAAGAUAUUAGCAGAACAUUAGUGUGAGAGAUCAGCGAUCAGCAACUACCCUCCGCCUUUUCAAAAAGUGAAGGAUAAGACUAAACGUAACCGUUUGAAAACCCCGCCCAAUGCUAAUGACACCUACAACACGGAUUUCGCCCUUGCUGAACUUCUGUGAGCACUUGGCAGAGGACGUUGUACAUAAACAGGGCCAGAUCACACAGGAUAUCGAAUACUCCAACGACUUUCAAUAUCCGCGAAAACACCUCUUUUAAGUAUACUGAGCAACGCUCGAUCCAGCGAAGUUUUUCCACGUAGUUGGCGAAAUGGAAUUAUAGUGCCAAUACCAAAGCCACACACAAGGCCCAACCACAUUUCGUCAAAUAGCUCGAACGAAUGGUCAAUAUACGACUGGCGACAGAACUGGAAAAUAAGAAGAGUCUGGAUAACAGACAACACGCUUUUCGGUCCGGUCACGGAACAGAAACCUAUCUAGCGGAACUUGAUGGGCCAUUUCCAAAUGACGGCGAAUACUGCUUGAACGCAUCUCUGGGUCAGAGAGCACAACAGUGACGAUAUGGCUUCGAGAGGACAUACACUGCAAAUGAUCGCAAAUCAAUCCCCUAAAGAUAGAAAAUCCAAUAGAAAGAGGACAAAUAUGCAAUCAUCGGUAGUAUAUCCUCUAAUUUGCUGAAGAUAAGGGGUGUACCCCAUGAGGCAUAAAUACGUAAGGCAUACCAUACGUACGUCAGGCAUAAUGUAUAAUGGACGGUUGGCAUAAUGGACGUUAGGCAUAAAUAAUCAUGUUGAAGUAUGGCAUUGUUUGCGCCUACUUCUAAUCUACCGUCGUCAGAAUAAUAGGGUAUCUCUGUACAUAUAGCAUAUGUGCAAUUGGCAGCGUUGCCAACAUUUUUUCAAAAAAACUGGAACCUUUCUUGAAAAAAACUGGAAAAGACUGGAUGCUCGAAAAAAACCUACUUUACCCUUGUAAUGUUAAAGUCAACGAUUCCAUGAAAGUAAUUUUAAGUAAACACGUAUGUUCCAUACUUUUUACUGAAAAUUUGAGUCGGUUUGUUGAUAUUGCUGUUCAGAUUUUAAAAAAUAUUAAAGCAUUCGAAUAUGACUGUAAUUGUAAUAAUUACAGUCCAAUUUUACUACUUUGAAGGAUUGAAUCUACACAUCCACAAAAUCCUAAAUUUAAGACCAUUUGCUAAACUUGAGGAUGUGCUUAAACCUUUUUUACGAUAUCACUAUAGCAACUAGCCGUGAAUUCAACAAAUGUUCAUCAAAAUAUUUGACACACUGUUCUGCCACCUUUAUGCCUGAGUAAAAUUCAUUUGAAAUCGAAUCAAAACGUACAUUCCCGAACCGUUUUACUCAUGGUAUAAAAAGAGUUCAUGUUGUGAUAGAUUAAAAUCUUUUUCUGAGGCGCUCGGCAUCAUCCCAUCACUUGCUUGAAAAUUCUAUGAAUCAAAUUACAAUUUUGAGAAAAAAAAAACUAAAUAAAUGAAUAUUUAUUAAAAAACUGGAAAAACUGGCUCAAAUUUCAAAAAACCGGAAGAUUUUUCCGAUUGCCUGUUUGACUGGAUGUUGUAAAAAAACUGGGAGAAUCCAGUAUAAACUGGAAGGUUGACAUCGCUGGCAAUCGGCAUACCAUUUAGAUUAGAUUCAUUUCAUGUAGUGGUAGUGAGGACCAUUUACGCUUCAGUAAUGCCAAGUCAGGAUAUCUUUCUGGUUAGAAAAGGUGUGUUCAUCUAAAAAUACACUAAGACUAUAAAUAGGCAGCUCGCUUCAGAUCAAGAGCGGGAGUACGUUUUUACUUUACUAUGUGAAUACAAUUUAGUUCGCUCGGUAUUACGUUUCCGUUAGUCCGUCUAUACACUAGGGUGGGACAAAAAAUGGAAUCCAGCUCCGAGCAACUUUUCAGGUACCAUUUGGGUCCUACAACAACUGUGCAAAUUCUUAGCUCGAUCGUUGAAACUAUAUUUUUGCGCCCACUGUUUAAAGUUUACAUGGGAUUUUGUAUGGAAAAACUAACUUUCACAAAAUAAUUCCUCCGGAAGUCGCCCAUUGCUUCCUAAAAAUAAAUCGUUAUGUGGCUUUUAUGGGAAAUUUAACAAAGAAACAAAGUCUCGAAAACCACGAAACGAUCUGACGCUUGAGAAAAAAGUUAUUAAGCAGAAACCGAUUGAUGCUCUGACGAUUGAUAAAAUAUUCGUUUUUUCUAGAACCACUGCUGUUGGCUGUCCAAUUAUAUGCAAUUUUGUUUUGAUCUUCUCUUAAUGUGUUUAAAUCAUUUAUCUAUGCUGUUUGGCCACUUCGCAAGGGUUUUGGGGGAUAAAUUGAGGUUUCUUUUGAACAUAAUAAGAGAAAGUUAAAAAUUUUGUAUAUUAUUCGACCGUCAGCAGCAGUGAUGCUAUGAAAUGUGAAAUUUUCAUAAAUCUUCAGGGCAUCAAUCGGUUUUUGCUUAAAAACUUUUUCCACAAGCAUCAGAUCGUUUCGUGGUCUUCUAGACUUGGUUUUCUUGACAAAUUUCCUAUAAAAAUCAGUCAUCUAUUUAUUUUUAGGAGAUAACGGGCGAAUCUUGAAAGAAUUAUUUUGCAAAAGUAGAUUUCCCCAUACGAAAUCCCAUGUAAACUUCAAACCAUGGGCGCAAAAGUAUAGUUUCACCGACCGAACUAAAAAUUUGCAUCUCUGCAAUAAUGAAAUCCUUACGAUUACUUUUAUAUUUUUGUGAAUUAUGCCAAUCGUCAAUUAUGCCUAAUCUCCAUUAUGCCUAACGUACUAAUACCUAACUUAUUUUUGCCAAACGUCGCGCACCCGAAGAUAAGCGUUGCCCUUGAUUGUGUAGUGUUCGUCCGUGGUCUGCCACUGGGAUAUACUUUGAAGACGUGUAGUCCCUGUAAGUCGGAUUCGCAAUCAUUCAGCGGGUGUUCCUGUGCACAUUCUGAACAACAUAUCGGUUUUUUGCAUGUUGCUGCCUUAUAUUCGGAGCAUUGGUAACAACGCAUUACAUCGACUACUUCAAAGAUUCGACAGCGGUCCCAGCCAACAUUGACCCGCUGCACUUUCAUUAAGCAAUUGAACGGCAAAGGGUUUAAUUCAAUGAAUGCUUUAGUUAGAAGAUUUUUACACACGGAUGACUUUAAAUUCAGCUGUCUCUGGUAAAUUGCUUUGUAGCUUCAUUUUUUUGCACUAUCUCACUUUCAGCAAUUUCAUCGCAAAUUCCGACAAUCUUGAUUCCCGGGUUCGAGGGAUUAAGCUUUUCGAUUUCGUAUUAUCCAGGAAAUAUGGCUGCAGCAUCGUGAGACAUUUUCAGUGCAUGCUAAAUAAAUUCGCAUCGAACGGCACCUUCUUUUCUUCUUGCGGGACAUCACGCUAGACAAGUGGUUUGCUCUGGAACACAAAGUGUGUCUCCGUUUUUUGGAGCUAGCAUCAAUCCGGCGCUAGUUUAGUCCGUUAACUAAGUUAUUGUCGGAUUCUGAUGAGACGAAGUCGAUACGCAAAUUCCACCACGGUGUCUCUGGUAGAACAAUAUUUAUACAAAAAAAUCAGUAUCGUUGAAAUACCAACUAAUUAAAAGCUUAGAUACUCCUCUUUCAUCUGAGACUAAAUUUGAAAUGUUCUAUCGGGGGGUCUAGAACAAUAUUUUUUAUCGACAUUUUGAUGAUUAUUUUUGAAGACUGCAUUUCAACCAAUAGCUCUCAGAAGAUAUCUCACUUUUAGGAAGAUGAAUCUUUGGACAUUCAGUAUCAGAAAGAGGGACUUGUUAUGUUAAUAAAUACCUCCGAAGACACCAAUGUCCGAUAUUUAGCCAAUGUUGUGUUAAUUCAUAUUUUAAAUUUGAAUAAUAUUUUGACUCGGUAUAUUUUUUGUCUAUGGUAGAAAAAUAUUACCAAAUACAAAUCAAUGUCACUGAUGUACUCAAUAUUUGGAAACUUGCUUCUCUUUAAAGGAGACAAGUUUUGAAUUGUUCUUCCUAAGGGUCUAGAACUUUUUUAUUUCAGAAAAAUGAAUAUCUAUUUUUAUAGAACAGAUACUACUACUCAUUUGUACGUCGAUCUAGGAAACUCACUUUUUUUAACCUUUAUGAAUAACUGGCAUCAGAAAAUAAUUUUUAGUUUAUGAUGUAUUUGUAUUGUGUUCGUUGAAUUCAAUUUCAUAGUGAUGUGUAUGUACCUAUUGUUUAAUAUUUAAAUUUAGAGAACUUUUUUCCAAACGAACAUCCCUUUGUUUGAGAAGUCAUUUUUAUGUAGAUCGACUUCAAUGAUUACAGUGUUUGUUAGUACAUAUGUUAUAAAACAUUGGCAUAAUAUCUGCUUCCUACUUCCUAAUAUUUGCUUCCCACUUCAAUGGAAAGUGUGAUAAAACUAUGUUUGUGAAUUAACCUUCCGAAAUAGGUGGAAAUUUUGUAUACUUUCUCUUUGAAUUUGCGGUCAAUGCACUAAAAUAUUAAUAUAUUUUACCAGACUUUCCAUGAGCAUCGACAAGUUUGUACCUGUGUACAAAACGAUGUACAAACUCUAGUUGAAACAUCCGUGUACGUACACGAGAACGAUUCGCACACGGCAAAAAAGUCAACACUAGUGAUGAUGAGAGUGAGAAAGAGAAAACUGGUGACACGAACCUAUGUGUAUGCACACCGUUUUCCUGCUGUAUACAAAACAAAACAUGAAAUAAUUUUACGGAAAAUAUAAUUUUCUACUACUGAUUUUAUGUGUUUCUAAAGGAAGAGUCUUUCGAUCGUGUUUAAAUUCGUAAUUUUCAACGAAGCUAAAAACGAAAACAAAUUUAAUUGAGAUAAAAUUGUUCAAAGAAUCCAUAGAACAGUAAUUGAAUUUUAAAUGAACAAUAAUUUACAUAGGAACUCCGAGCAAAACUAUAUUUCGAUGAAAAAUAAAUUGAAAGAUUGUUUUACGAAUUUCAAGAUACCUAAUUACCAACGCGAAACUGACUAAAUGAUAUCUUCGAAGGGUUUCUUAACAUAACAAGUCCGUUCCUCUGACGGUGUGUGCUCAUUGAUUAAACCUCCCAAAAGGGAUCAGAUAUCUGAUUUCAGCUACAAAUUAAAAAAAAUUACCCUGAAAAUUUAUCUUCAAAAUGUUUAAAAAAAAAUGUUCUAGACCCCCCGAUAGAACAUUUCAAAGUUAUGCUCAGAUGAAAGAGGAGCAUCUAAGCUUUCGAUUAGUGAGUAGUUUAGCGAUACUGAUUUUUUGUCUAAAUAUUUUCUACCAGAGACACCGUGUCCACAACUAAUUAAAUUCUCCAAUGUCCCAGCAAUCAAUUUGCUUAGCAUCGAUGUCCGCCGAUUCCCUUUUCUCGCGAAUGUCUUUCUUUGUGAUCUCCACCCACUGAAAAGAGACUUGAACUACACGGCUUGCUCCAGUGUCAGGACAGCGUUAUUUUUUUAACCUUCUUUCGGUGUUGGGGUCAAUAUGACCCAAAAUGAACUUUUUAAAUGCGACUACUUUUUAUGUUUUGCUCCUAGAAGUUUGAAAUUGGUUGACUUUUCCUCUUUCAUAAAGAGCAACGAUUUUCAAAAGAAAGUCAAGAUUUUCGAACAUUCCUGAAGGGCAGUACAAAAUAAAGUGUUAGCGGGUCAUAUCGACCCCGACUCCGAACUCAGUUUUAAGACACAUUUUUAGUCUAAUCUAUACGAACUUGUACCCAAAUUGUUUGUUAGUUUCAAUUUUCAGUUUCUGAUAAAUAUUACGGUGUUCGACCAGGUUGGCCAGUGGGAUAAUAAGAAUGUAAAUAUCAGUUUUGUACAUGAUUCAACUGAUCUUAGAUAUUGCGCAAUACGCUUCCAAUGCCGAUUUCAGCGAUACAAUAAUAUUUCUCAAAAUACUGAACAAGCGACAUGGCUGUCAAUAAAUGAAAUUGGUCCCAAAGUUGCAAGCUUAUAUAAAAUCUCAUCUAAAAUGAUAUGGAUACUCUGAUUCAAAUACUGAACUUGGAUUGUACGUGAAAAUCAUACGGAAAAUCCGGAACAUUCGUAAAAUUGGCUAACUCAUGAAUCUAUUUCUACAAUUCUGCAGUGUUCCGAGUGAAAUAUUUACCCUAUUGAUCGCGUAAUGACCAUCUGGAAAAUCUGGAACGUUCGAUAAACUGAUCAAUUCAUAAAGCUGGCAUUAGAACCAUGUGAUUUUAGUGUUUCUUCAAUUCUCAGCGGAACGAGUUCGUACUUAUUACCUGCACAUGUUUUUUGGCUACAUGAUGACCUUCUGGAAGUCUUGUCCUAGAGCUAUAAGAUUUUUUCGAAAAUAUUAUUGGGAGUCAUUCGUAUAAAUUCGUACUCUAUUGGUAACGUAGUGGAAGAACUGGCUCUGAAAGUCUGUGGUGUUCUCGAAAGUUUUAUUUAGAAUUAUUAUUGCAAAAUAAACGUAUUUGUGAGCUUGCCAAUUCUACACCGGAUCAUUCGAAAGGUCUAUGGGUCAUAAGUACGAAUUUAUGCGAAUAAUAAUAUACCCUUAUAUGUUUUCGAAAAUAUCUCAGAGCUCUAGAACAAGGUUUAUUAAUUGACCAGCAGCACAGAUGUUCCAGAUCUUCCGGAAUGUCAUUAUCUGGCCAAUAGGGUAAAUUUUCCAGUCAUGACUACGAAUUUAUGCCAAUGCAUCAAUUUUUUUCGAAAAAAACUUCAGAGAUCUAGAGCUAGAUUCAUGAAUUGACCUAUUAUACGGAUGUUCCAGAUCUUCCGGAUGAUUUUUACGUACAAUCCAGGGUCACAGUGAUAAUAUCACUUUAGAUGGGAUUUUAUAUAAACUUUCAAGUACCUAUAACUUUUUUAAACGACUGGGGGUGUUUUAUGUUUGGUUAUUGGCUUUCUCAGUAUAUAUGUAUCAAACGACUUAAUUUCGGUCGUUUUUGGCGACCUUUUUCAAGGAAAACUACAAUAAAACUAUAUUUGGUUACUUGUUUUACAGUGUUGAAUGUGAACUCACUUAUCUGUCUGUCGCUAUUUUCAUGUAUAUUUUUUCCCGCGUUGCACAGAGGAGUAACUAGAACAAUAUCUUGGCCAAUAAUCAAAAAAAAUAUUUUUUUUCGAUUUUUUAUUUAGUUAUAUUUUUUUAGAUACCUAAAAGCAUACUGCAUAUUGUGGCAAAAUAAAGAGUAUGCCAAAAAUUGCGAAAGAAUUUUUGCAUGGAUGCAAAAUGGUGAUAUUUUAAGGGUUUUUAAUCAUUUUUUAUUAUAUAUCCAGCAAAAUCGUUUUCAAAUGAUGAUGACUGUAUUAAAUAAGACAAUAUUUUAACAAACGUAAUUGAACGCAACUAUUUGAAUAACCUCCGCUUAUAGUAGUGUUGCUGUUUAUUGGACCAGCUUUAAAAACACCUUUUUAAACAAGUUAUUCCAAAUUUGAAUGAUAAAAAAGUUACAUUAUACGGCAAGAUCCGGCAAAGUUGGUGAAACAACAUUACAAAACAAGAUUCCGGCUAUUCAAAAAACAUUCAAUCUCUUCCGAUCUUUUCCGAUCCACAAAUUCCAAGCGAUUUGAAAAUAUUGAUAUUUUUACAAAUUUGAGGUACGCCAAAAUGCUAUAGGGUCAAAUACUAUGUUUGGCAAAAUGAAUCUUUAUGAAAAUGUGCACAGGUAUCCCUUUUCUUCUUCCUUUUCCACUGACCAACUGUUUAUGCAGCGGGAAAAAUAAAUGUAUUCACAAAGAUCACCUCGAAAAUACUAGUAUUCGGAAGGAUCUGGAAAAUUAACCCCUGCACUGGUAAGUGGAUAGAUGCGAAAAACCAUUUAUUUUCUAUUUGUAGUUCAUAUUAAGGCAUAAUAACAGCAAUAGCCGCAAUAAACAGUUUUGGCCAGGAUUCGACCCCAGUUACUCCUCUGUGCGUUGGGACGUUUGGUUGGUAUUUUUCAUAGGCUAAUACAUUUUAAAAUUUAGAAAAGGAAAUGGGUGGAAAUAUAAUAUAGAAAUAAACAUACUGUGCUGUGGAGUUUUUAUCGGCACAAGAUUUUUCACGGGUACACUUUUGGUUCUUACUUAACGAUCCCUUUGAAAAAACUACAGUGAGAUGAUGAGCGCAAAGUGUGAAAAGGGGAUUUUCAGAAUAGGUAAGCUUUAGUUGAACUGUGAGUUAGUGGUGUGAGUCUGAAUUUGGGGAGCUUUGGAGUUUUUGAUAGUGUGUAGAAUGCCUGCGUAAGUGGCAUUGAGACCAUCUACAUCUGUUCGGUGAUUUACCGUGUUGGGUGUGUUAACUAUAUGAAACAUCUCCAGUACUGGUAAUGUUGAUGAGCGAUAGGUUCUGUCGAUAAUUUUGGUUGCGGUCAAGUCAAAAUCGUGUUGGAUGCUGUGAAGAAUGAGAGCUGUUUUCUCUCCAAGUUCGAUCAUUUCGACAUCUGUCUUGGUUUCUCCUGCUUCGAUCAAUUUAUUAUAUUUUGUGAUAUUGGUCCAGUGUCCGCUAAGUCUUGUUUUUAGUUGAUUUUUCGUCAUACCUAUAUAUGUCAUCUCACACACACCACAUGGGAUGCUGUAAAUAACAUUGCAACAUAGUGAGGGAUCAACGGGAUCAUUAAUGUUGUUUAGCAACAUUGAAGUUGUUUUGAUUGUUUUUGGGGCAAUUUUGACGUUAGGAUAGUCUGUGUUUAGGCUUCGAACGAGUGUGUUGGUCUUCGUCUGUUUUGGCUGUUUGUUUUUUAUCCAGUGAGCUCUGGGAUGGUGAUUAUGGGACGGUUUUAUGGCUGUUUUGACUACAUCGGUGAAUUUGGCUAAGCAAUCUGUUGAUAAGUGAUGUUGGAUAGUCGUUCUGGCGGAGAUGCUGCAAAAUGAUAUGUUUCUGUUCGGCAAACGAUUGGUUGGUAGUGAGGGAUGUCAUUCGUCUUAUGAAGUUGGAGGCGACGUUGAUUUUCAUGUGCGUCGGGUGGAAGGAAAAAUAGUUUGAUAAUCGACCAGAUGCGAUGGAUUUUGAAUACCAUUGUGUGUUUAACGAUUGAUCUGAAUUGCGAAUCACUGUUGUGUCUAGGAAUGGGAGCUGAUUUCUUUGCUCUUCCUCUUUUACAAACUGAAUGUGUGGGUUGUAGCCAUUGAAGAUUUCUAGGGUCUCAUCUAUCUUGUCCUUCGGAAGGGCUAAUAGCAGAUCAUCAACGUAUUUUCGUAGGACAAGAAUUUCGAAAGGAAGCUCGCGUGUGACUGUUUUUAGCAAAUUUUCCAUGACGAUGUCUGCUAGGAUGGGCGAAAGUGGGCUGCCCAUGACGGUGCCGAAGAUUUGUUUAUAGAAUUUUCCUCGAAAGCAGAAAUAAACGUUGUUGAGGCAAAAUUCACGACGGCACAAGUUGAUCCCUCGAUUAUCGACCGAUAUUCAGACCUGGGUAAGCUACUACGAGUAGUUAGUUACUGUUUUCGGUUUUGUAAUAACGCUCGACGUCCGAAAGCAGAUCGCAUUGAGGGCCCUCUACAGCCCCCUGAGGUGGAUCAUUCGCUAAAAUCACUUAUUCGUUUAGUACAAGGAACGAAGUUCCCAGAAGAAAUCCGUCAUUUAUCCACUAAUAAACAACGGUGUUUUGCGAGCAAGGAUAAAAAACUACAAUCAUCAUUCAAGACCCUCAAUCCGUUCUUGGAUGAAAUCGGUCUGUUACGGCUCGGAGGUCGCUUAGUCAAGCUGUCGGCCUCUUUUGACACAAGGGCACCCAUCUUGCUUCCAGCCAAACAUCAUUUUUCUUGGUUGAUUGCACGUUCGCUCCACCUCAGAACUCUGCAUGGAGGACCUACUCUAUUACUUGCAACUAUACGACAGAGAUUCUGGCCAUUACGCGGACGGGAUCUAGUUCGCAAAGUUGUUCGCCAAUGUGUGACUUGUUUCCGCUGCACCCCGAAACCAACGGAACAAUUCAUGGCACCUCUACCAUCGGUGCGAAUCACGCCUGCACGAGUGUUUUCUAAUAGUGGUAUGGACUACUGUGGGCCGUUCGGUGUUCGUCCGUUAAUUGGGAGAGGAGCAAACGUUAAGAUUUACGUCGCCGUGUUCGUCUGUAUGGUGGUGAAGGCAGUACACCUCGAAGUCGUGACCGAUCUGACGUCCGUCGCGUGCAUCAAUGCGGUGAAACGGUUCAUCGCACGUCGCGGUCGCGUUGUAAACUUGUUCUGCGACAAUGCAACCGCCUUUGUCGGUGCGGAUCGCGAACUAAAGCAGCUACGCCAGCAAUAUCUUCAACAAUUCUCCACUGAAAGGUGGAACGGCUACUGCCUGGAAAAUGGGAUAACAUUUCGCUUCAUCCCUCCUCGCUCUCCCCAUCACGGUGGCUUAUGGGAAGCAGGAGUAAAAUCCUUCAAGUUCCACCUUCGCAGAAUUCUUGGAAGCCGAUGUUUUACUCUAGAAGAUUUGACCACAACCGUGGCUCAGAUUGAAAGCAUACUAAAUUCUCGUCCUCUCCCACCAUUGUCUAGCCAUCCACAAGAUCUAGGAAGUUUAACUCCCGGCCACUUCCUGGUGGGAGAGCUACUCUAUUCCAUUCCAGAGCCCGACUAUACUGAGCAUCCCGUUGAUCGGCUCACUCGUUACCAAGAGAUGAAACGUAGUAUCCAGGACUUCUGGAAGCGCUGGACAAGGGAAUACGUCAGCGAACUCCAUCAACGCUCCAAGUGGCAACGUGUACGCGAAGAGAUGAAGGAGGGAUCGCUCGUCCUACUAAAACAAGAUGGUCUUCCUCCCUGGGAGUGGAAUCUGGGCCGCAUCGUUACGGUCUGGUCUGGAUCUGACGGUCACGUUCGGGUCGUUGAAGUCCGUACAACCAGGGGGUUGUAUAAACGCGCAGUUACUGAAGUUUACCUGCUCCCCAGUGAGGUGCCGAUCAUGAAGGAAGACGACGAAAUAGCUGGUCCGUCAAGCAGCGAAAAGGAGCCGCCGUCGGGCAAGUAUGAUAGUUGAAACAACCGUUUCAACGGCGGCCGGCGUUGUUAGAGAUAAUUUGAUAAAAAUCUAAAAUAAAAUAAAUUUGAUUGCACUGCAUAUAAAAUUAAAACCACACAUUGUUAAACACUACACACAACUAAUUUGAAUAUGAUACACAAUACAUAUUUGAGACACUCACGAGAGACAGUAAUCGACACGAAACAGAUAACGAAUAAUGCACAAUAAAAGUUAGUUCUAAAUCAAUCGUCAUACGAUCAGGAUCUAUUUAUUCUCGAUCCCACAAAAGAAAAUCCACAGCCACAGAACAAAAAGGUUCUAUUUGGCCGAAGAAUAAGUCCGCGUUCCCAGUACCGUCCGCGUUGUCCGAAGUCGAUCUGUGGACAAAAUUUGUGGCUACCAGCUCUACCAGGCGUAGGUCAAAAACGCUAGUGCGCGACGAGGAGUUGCGCCUACAAGCUUCGUUUCGUAAUCUUUCGUUUCCAUUAUCACCGUUCUUUUUCCUUUAUCAGACUCUAGGAUGCAUAUAUCUGGGUUGUCGGUUAAGAAUUGUUUUGUGACUUUGACAGCUUUCUGACAGAAAACUGUGACGGAAUCUUUCUGUUGAUUUUGUAGUGAUCGUGAAAGAUAAUUUUGAAUAUGGUUUGCUACUAGACAUCUGUUCUUGUCUUGGGUGAAUUUGUUGGGAGAAGUCCGUAAAAUGUUCUCGAUGUUUGCGAUGAGGUGAUAUGUCGGAAUUUGGUUUGGAAACACAGGAAGGGAGAAGUUUGGUCCUAAGCUCAACAGAGCCAUCAUUUCUGAGGGUACAGAUUUGGUUGUAGCGUUGAGUAAAGCCUUCUGUUUAGUUGUUGGUGUAUGUUGAUUCCUGCCUACUGAUUUGGUUAUUAUUCUUUCGAUUUUUGCUGUUGCUACACAUUCAACACUGUAAAACAAGUAACCAAAUAUAGUUUUAUUGAAGAAAAAGGUCGUCAAAAACGACCGAAACGUCGGAUAAUCAAAAAUUAAGUUGUUUGAUACAUAUAUACUAGACUAAGAAAGCCAAUAACCAAACACUUUCAAGUAUAUUUCUAAAUUUUGGGAUAAAUUUCAUUGAUUGUCCACAUUGUCGCUUGUUCAACAUUAUGAGAUAUACAAUUAUACCGCCGGAAUCCUUAUCGGAAUUGAAAUCAGGAACAUCUAAGUUCGGUCCAAUCAUGUUCAAAAUUGAUAUAUACUUUCUUAUUUUUGUUUUGUUUGUGUUUAUUAUUACCAUAUUGUCAAUAAACCUGUGACUUAUGAUGACAGUUCUGUCUACAUCUAAGUAUGUCAAACAUGACCCCAUUCGGAACCGAUUCCAAACGAUAAUAUUUACCAGAAAUUUAAAAUUGAAACUCUAACAAACAACUUGGGUACAGGUUCAUAUAGAUUUGGCUGAAAAUGUGUCUUAGAACUGAGUCAAUAUGACCGAAUUCGAAUUCGGGAUCAAUAUGACCCGCUAACACCUUAUUCGUUACAAAAAGUUAACACCUAAAGAAGGUUAAGAAGGCUGGUUUGGCAACGUAAGAUUAGACUUUACGGACCUAUCGGAGUAAGACACACAUCUAGUAGGUGACCAUUUUCUUCUGAAGAACUUAUGUAGGUCAUUUUUCGUCGUUUACCAGAUUGAAGUACGCUACAAUCAUUAUUAUCAUCAUCCCGAAUGCUGGAGUGUGUCUUAUGUUUUGCUUCACCAGUUGGAUUAUUUUUAGCCGAACGUGCUACACUGGCGCAGGUGGGGUGAGUUGUUUGCUUUUCCUUAGUUUAUUCAGUUCAAGUUGUAUAUCCAAAGUGUCGCAAUAUUUUACUUCACACGUCAGAACGUCUAAAAUUCUAUCGACAGACAGUAAAAUAACGUCGCUACGUUGUUUACGUCAAAUCAUAAUUUUCAGUUUUUCUGUGUGUGGAAACCAUGUCAUCAACAGAUUGACAUUUCGCUUAUUAUUUGCUUGCGAAACUUAUGAAUUAAACGCAUUUACGACGCAAUCAAACCAUUUUGCCUAAUUUGUUUACCCAACUGUCGGAGCACAACUUCCGAAAUUAAAUUACACACCAACAGCAAUUCACGCCAACAGGUGCACGACCAACGGCAGCACGCCCAAAACUCGGAUUGAUGAGGUGAAAUUAUUAGUCCCCCAAGUCGGCAAAUGCGUAGCGUCUAAGACAAAGCACGCGUGACGAGUACUAAUAAAGCAAGCAAACUUUUAUCAUCAGGACUUCUCUAAUGGAAAGGAUUUAGCCCCAUCAGUGGCAACCACAAACGACUCAAUGUUGUAAUUCGUGGUAGCAUUGUUCAGCCAAAUACGGCUACAGGUACCCUUCCGACAUCCGACCAUCAUUGGGUUGAUUCCAAAGUCGACCAAAUUAACCGACCGGCACGAAUCCAUACACCCAAAUGGCUCCUUCUGUGAUUUUCUCCGAAUUGCUCUUCUGACGGUUGCAGUCCUCCUCAAAAGGUACAAACCGCAAAAUAGGAAGAAAAAAAAGUGGCAAACAACUUUACCCGUGACUGGUGGAAAACCCGUUCAGAAUGUUGCCUCAUCGAUUUGCCAACAGUGAUGAAGCAUUUUGUCCGAGGUUGGUGGCAUCAGGCUCCGUCAAACAGCUCCAAUCCCGGGGCUGCGGGUGGCAAAUUGAUUUUUGAUUUUCGCAACACCCUCUUCUACUUUGAAUCCAAUUUCAUAACUAUAGAUGAUUAUGUUGAUGAUUCGACGUGAUUGACGGGGUAAGGAUACGGUCUUUCGAUGAUGACCAGCCUGAUGUAUCUGGACUCAGAUUGUACUGAGGUGUUAUGCAUUCAUGCUGCUCAUUUCGUCAAUCAAUGGUAUCUCUCCGGGCAGAAAUUUUAGAGAUAUGCAUGUAUAUAUUACUAUUCUGAACUUGACGUACAAUGCAACUCGAAAAAAAAAAAAUUAAGCAGACCACACUUCCAUUAAAAUACCUUAUUCUUUAAGCAUGUAAUUAACUUUAACAAAUGCACUGUUUUGAGCGACUUAGUGGAAUGUUAUAUUAAACACUUUAACCGUUGUCUUCCGUUUUAAUUCCACUAUGAAGUCAUUAGAGUGGAAUUAAAAUGGAAGACAACGGUUAAAGUGUUUAAUAUAAUUAACGUUGUUUCGACAAAUUCGGAUAAAAAACCACAUUUUUGGAAUUAAAAUCAGUACCUCAUGAUGAAAUUAGAAACAAGGUACAGGAAUAAUCCUUAUUUUUAUUAUUGUAUUUUUUCACGAACAGAUGAACGAAUCUUGCUCUACACGAAAUCAAUCGCUACUGUAUUUUUUCGCAGUUGGCAAAGGCUAUGGUGGCCACGAUGGUCACACUUCGUAAUUAGAGUGAUAUUACUGGUGAAUAUUGUAGAUGCUGUCGAUGGAUGUCGAUUAUUAAGGAAUUGAAAGUAGAAUUGAAAGUAUUUCUAAAUACCAACGAUUGCGUUUCUUUGAUUUUAAAAUGGUAAAUAUAUGAAAAAGUUGGAAAUAAAAUUCAUUUACAUUCGGUUAGUUUUGACAAGAGCCAACCUUCUAAAUAUUAAAUAUUGCAUGCAAGUUUUUGAAUGUAACUUUUUCGGUCUUACUACAUUAUUAAUUUUUAAAUUAAUAUUUGAUUGUUUUGGGUAUAUUUUGAAUUAUAAGAAUAUUCACUGCACCCUUACACAAUCCGGUCUUGAAACAGAAGUUGAAAGUCACUUGAAAGAUUUAAUGAAAAUUGACGUCAUCCUGGUUUGAAGCUAUCUAUGAAGGAUUUUAAAGCUGUUUUAAAUUAAUUAAUCGAAUCACCGAUUUGACCUUCUUACAAUGCCUUUUACGGCGAGCGAGAAUGGUAAGACACGCAGUAAACGUAAAAUAAUUGCAGUCCCCUCAUAACAUCCACAUCGCUAGAGAUCUUGCAUUGAAAAAUUUACUACUAAUUUACCGUUUAUUAUGGACCCAACGCCCAAAAGAUAGAAAAAGUUAAAUAAUUCGAAUUCCAGCAACAGCCAGUUCCUCAACCGACAUAGUUUAACCAUUCCAUAUUCAGCAACCAUCUUCAAAGAAUUCACAUCCUUUCUUUCGAUAUAAAUUGUUGCUAAACUUUAUUUUCUCGCACAAAACAAAAACAAAAAAUAUCAAACGUUCGCAUUCCACUCCAUCGACAGUACUCCUUCAUCCGAGACGAGCAACUUUGUCUUCAUCAAUCAAUUGAAACGAUUUGUCCCGUGAAAAAGGCACGUCGAAGUGAUUGUGAGAAAUCGGUUCGCCGAAAAUCCUCCCCAUUGUUAUACACUCCAGAGAAGAUUCCCACCACUCAGCCGGGCGAGCAGCGCGUGGGCGAUUGAAGUAAUUCAGACGACGACAACAACAAAAAAAGUGUGACAAGUAAGCGGAGCGAAAAAAAGAAACAUACAAAAAAACCCAUCUUCAGAGACACUUUUCGAAUGUUUGUGAGCAGCGAGGGUGGGAAACCAUGGAAACACAUUUUUGAUUAAUACAAAUCGCUGGCAAAUUCUCGCCGUGUUCUCGAUUGAUAAGAGUCUGGUAUUCCGUGCGAUGCUCAUGUGUCAACUCGUGACGAGUUGACAAAUUGCAGGGAAGUGCCAGCGCCUGGGUGGGACUGCAGUACACCUUUCCCGGGUGGGUUUACAAGGAAAACUACUUAACGAUAAGGUGUUGCGAAUCACGCAAGGUACAGAAGGCUACAUGCCAGGAGUGUUCUAAGAACUGGUUUAGAAUUCAAAUUGUUUUGGUGCUUUACGUUGGCGUGGCUGGAAUUUUCGUUGUAGGAGGGGAUUUGGUGCAAUUGGUAGAAUAUUUGAAAAAUACUUAAAAAUCCUACGAACCCGUAAAGUAAAUCUACAACUGCUCUUUAAGAUAAUUUCCUUCUCUAAUGUGUUAUUUAACACUUAAACCAUAUUAUCAGAAGAUAAAAUGUAGAAGAAAUAAAAAUCCAGUAAAUUCUAUUUCACACCCGAAAAGAAGGAAAUAUCAAUUCAUUUUUCUCACGAGUCUAGAUGGAAGCUUGACAGAGUAGUGGUUUUUUUUUAAAUUUUUAGUUUAAUAUAAUUGAAACUCUUUUGCUUGCAGUAUUGCCCGUCAGCCAAUCUGGGAUUGACACAGAACAUGUUGCACCAUCACCAAUUAGCAUUGAAAUUAUUUUAGUCAAAUUCUAAAUAGCUCCAGAACAUUGUUCAAACUCGUUGAAAACUUGCUUCAACUGAACCAAUUUCAAGUUGUCCACUACAAUAACUGUGAUAUCGUCAGUGUAAGCAACUAUUAGAUCCAAGAGGUCGCUACAAACAUCGAUUAGUUUUUUUUUCUAGAAGGUGCUGUAGGCAAAUAACAAAUAAGUGCGUACUUAACGGAUCGCCUUGUCGUGAUGAGUGCUGUAUGUUGAAUUCUUGGGUUAUAUGUAACUUUUAUGAACGACUGGGGGUGUUCUAUGUUUGGUUAUUGGCUUUUUCAGUCUAGUAUAUAUGUAUCAAACGGCUUAAUUUUGGAUUAUCCGGCGUUUCGGUCAUUUUUGGCGACCUUUUUCAAGGAUAUGUCUAUUACCUACUACACUCGAUCGUAAAUUUUCAAUUAUUUGUCUAAGCAACUGUAUCAAGCCGUCAUUAAAGCACAUAUUGCUCAACACACGAAUAAUAUAGGAAUGGUUAACUCGGUCGAAUGCUUGGUGUGAGUCAAGCGAAAUCAAAAAGCCCUGCUUUGUCUUAUGUUUUAUUGCAACGUUUCUAUCUCUUACCACGAAAAGGGCUUCGAAAAUACUUCUAUUAUAUUUGGAGUACUUUUGAGAAAAACUUAAAACGUUAUGCGCAGUCAUUGUGCUCAGCCUCCUAUUUUUUCUGAUUCUUCUAAGUAGUUUAUAAUCAAAGCUCAGCGUAAUGAAUAGGCGGUAGUUUCCCUUUUUGGCAAACUGUCUUGGAUUGCUACCACGGAUCGUUUCAUUGAUAAUAUGGUUCAGUUAUCGAUGUAUAAUAUCAAACGCGUUCACGAAGAAGUUUUUUGGGAUGCCAGCAAUGCGGUUUUUCCGAGUCACUCGCUUUGAUUGCCUUGUUGAUCCUUUCGGUAGUUAUUUCGUUGAAAGCUGUGCGCAGACGAGGCAACAGCACACGCCACAACAAAAUUCCCUAGUGGUUUUGUUCUAGCUAUUCACACGCGGUUGCUGUUGCAGCAUUAGAGAAAUGAGAACAAAAUCCACAAAGAAUAUUUUUUGUGGUAUGAGUCCUGUUGCCUCGUCUGCUUACUGUGAUACAUUUCCAAUGGUAUACAAAGAUUGGAGAGAUUUUUGCACCUGAAAUUCUAUUUACAAGGAAUUGUCAAUGUACCAAUCAUUUAAGCGGGUAAAUUUGAAUGAGAAUUCGCAUAAAAGUUUUAAAAUUUUCCCUGUAAUUUGAUUUACUUUAGAAAUCAUCGAUAUUAAGACGUUCACAGUCCACCACAUCGAUCAUCAUCGAUAUUAAGACGUCCUUGAAGCCGUGGAAAAAAUCGUGAAUUAACACAGAUCUGUAAUCAUCUCCAAUUAGUCCUGCAUUAACCGGAAACUCUUGUUGAGACUACUUUUGAUGUCUCUAAAAGCGUUGAAAACUUCUCGCUUGAUCAUAAAUUUCUAAGACCAGAAGCUGUUCCCAUUCGCUUCCUCGAGCUGACACUCAAGAGCAAAAUUAAAGCCUGUACAAGGAAUAUCAUCUACUUACAGUAUAUGGGAGCAGUUCAAGAUGUCCUCACAUGCAGACCAUCAGAGUCGCACUCUUUCUUAGCAAAGAGAGCUUCAAGAUGUCUUGUGGUGAGAGGCGUAGCUCUUUUUAGUAUUUCUGUAAAAAAAAAUCACACAGUAUUUGCAUCAGAUUCUUCGGACACUGUGGAUUCUCGCCAUAGUAGGCACACUAAUCGGCAUUCUCAAUGCAAGAGUCAUCCUUACGACUCUCUGCGCAAUUGUUAUACCAAGGCUUAUCGCUACAAUAGCUGAGCGGUACAAAUAGCCUAUUACGCAAACAAACAUUGUAAAAAAAGACGUAAUUGAACGCAACACAGGCCCACCAUAAGUUAUCCAACACGAGUUUGAAAGGAGAAACCCCCGUCUAGUGCGACUGUCAUUCAAAAUCUUCGUUCACUGAUGCAAAGGUUUCUUGAAACAACCAACUCCGUGUUUUACUAGAUCCACGCAUUAUAAACUCGAACCGGUGACUACAGCGUCGCUCUCAACUUUGUGAGCGGGCAUGUAUACGCGGCAGUCCUCCAUAAAAGGCUUGUCAUCAGCAACGUAAUUUGCUUGCUUUAGACACAAUAUCACAAUUCUCCUUCCACGGCUGAAUUCUUAUGCAUAAUUUCUUUCGAAAUUUUUAGAAUGGUAAAAAGAAAUUUUUUUUUUCAUGAAACGUUUAUUUGACACGGCAUUUGCAAAAGCUUUUUUACGCCAGGUUUUUUUUUACAUAACAUGUUACAAAAGUUCUUAAGACGUUAUAAUAAAAAUUCACUUUCUAAUGCUAACACUGAGGAUAAUCAUCAUUUUGAAUAUUUAUAUUAUACUCUAUUUUCUUGAAUUUCAUUGUAAACCUAUUGAUAGUUUUUCUGUAAGCUUUGUUUAUUUUUUUUCUUUAUUUAUAUCGUUUUAUCUAACUUAACUAACUGCGAAGAAAUCUAAAUUGAUUGUGGGUAGCAAGGGAAAAAAACUAGAAACGUUGUGGUGAUAAUUAUAUUUGAAUAUUUAUUGUUUUCAGGAAAUGAUAAAUAUGGCCCAUGUAUGUAAUGUAUGUAAGCGAGGAUAUCACGAACAGGAACAUAGGGUGGUUUUCUUCUGGCUCGUAAGGAGUCUAUUAAUUGGGAUCUGGCUUCACGAUAUUCAGUGCAAGACAAAAAGAAGAUUAGAUAUGAUCCGACCGAGUUCAAUGUGUAUGAUUUCAAAUGGGCAGUCGGUGACUUUGAUAACGAAUUGUAUUCGAGAUCCGUUUUACCAUCAGCUGAAGUUUCUUCAGGAGAGUUCAUUUAUGUGCGGGCCUGAAGCCCGGCGAAAAUAGAGAAAUUAUACGAGUCGAAAGAUGGUAAAGCAAAACAUAUCAUAAACGUAUCUUUGUUUUAUUAGCAGAUGCAGAAAAAUGGAUGGAUAAUGACUAGGGCACAAUCGAAAUUUCGUGACGGUAAUUGUACUAGUGAUUCAUAUCUAUUGAUAUACACCGUAAUCAACAAGCUGCCGAAAUUGUCUUCUCAGUAUACUUGUCUUCCCAAGUAACAAGUUUUAUAGUAUGCUACAAGUGCAAUCUAAGUUUUAUGAGUGGCUUUAAAACUACCAUAAAACCUCAAUUGUUACUAGGGUUGGUAUAGAGUUGUGUUCCAAUAUUUAUGGUCAUCCUUAAUUUUUCGACCGGACACCCCUCAAAAGUUUUAGCAUGUCGAAAAAAGUCUCUAUGCAAAAUUUGAGCUCAAUCGGAAAAAAAAUGCUUUACAACAUCUGGUGUAUUCUCUAGAAAAUGCCUUUCUGGGACAUGCGAUUUUUUUAGUUGAGAUAAAACUUGAGUAUGGUAAAGCAGCUUUUAAUUUUUUGUUUGUCUUAGAAAGGCAUGAAACGUUGAGAUCUGGUGCUCAUUCGAUAAAACAAUAGAUUUGAUUUUUCUAAAUCUCUGUUUCAAAAUUAAAAGUACCAAAGUGGUAACUUUAAUAAAAAGAGGAUACAAGAUCCGACUGAGCGGUAAAAGGAAGCAAGAGGAGCCGAAAAAAGAAUUCACCGCAGAAAGAAAAAGCAGUAUGAGGACAACGUCAUUACUGAGGCGCAAAACAGUAUGGAACAAAAUGAUAUGCGGAAAUUUUAUGAAACUGUCAAUGGCGUACGGAGAAAAACAGCGCCGUCUCCCGUUAUGUGCAUUGGCCGUGAAGGUAACUUGCUGACAGAUAAAACUAUGGUAGCAGCCUGGUGGAGAGAGCACUUCUCGACUUUGUUGAAUGGAGAGAAUGUUAGCGCGUCAACGAACAGAAUAAGGGUAAGUGACGAUGGUCAAGCUGUGGAGCCUCAGCGACUAGAAGAGGUGAAAAAGCCAAUCAAAGACCUGAAAACUGUAAGGCUCCUGGAAAGGACGAGCUCCCGGCCAAACUUUUCAAACACGGUAGUGAGCAGCUACACGAAAUACUUCACCGUACUUUUUUGAAGGUAUGGGAAGAAGAAGAACUACCUGCAGACUGGCUAGGGGGCCUCAUUUGUCCCUUAUACAAAAAGGGACACAGACUGGAGUGCGCCAAUUAUCGAGGAAUAUCGCUCCUCAAUUCGGCGUACAAAAUUAUGUCACGUAUUCUGUUCAACAGAUUGGAGCCGUUGGAUGAGUCUUUCGUCGGCGAAUACCAAGGUGGUUUUCGUGAAGGCCGAUCAACAACGGAUCAAAUGUUUACCCUGCGACAGAUCGUAGAUAAAUUCCGGGAAUACAACUUGCAGACACACCAUCUGUUUAUUGAUUUCAAAGCGGCGUACGAUUCAGUGAAAAGCAACGAGUUUUGGCAGAUAAUGGUAGAACAUGGUUUUUCGACGAAACGACGAACUGAAAAUCAAGUGUUCGGGUUGUGGAUGAGAUUUCGACGUCCUUCGUAACCUUAGACGGAUUGAAGCAGGGUGAUGCGCUGUCAAAUUUGCUGUUCAACAUUGCUCUUGAAGGUGCCAUCAGAAGAGCAGGCGUGCAAAGGAACGGUACCAUCGUCACGUAGGAUUUGCGAUUGAUGUCAUAGGAAUCGACCGCUGAGCCGUGGAAGAGGCAUUCGUGCCUUUUAAAAGGGAGACAGCAAGAAUUGGUCUCACAAUCAACACCAGCAAGACGAAGUACAUGAUAGCUGGAAGAAUACGUGGGUCCAAUAGUGAUGUUGGUGGUGGAGUGGUGUUAGGUGGUGAUAAAUUUGAAGUAGUGGAAGAAUUUGUGUACCUUGGAACUCUAGUGACGUGCGAUAAUGAUGUUACCCGCGAAGUGAAAAGGCGUCUUGCAGCUGCAAGUAGGACUUUUUUCGGACUUCGUAGCCAGCUUAAGUCCCGUAGUUUGCAGACGAAGACAAAAUUCGCGUUGUACAAGACAUUGAUUGUUCCGGUUGACUUGUACGGCCAUGAAACGUGGACGUUAAAGGAAGUUGAUCGUAGAGCGUUCGGCGUCUUCGAACGUAAGGUGCUGCGAACAAUACUUGGCGGUAAAGAAGAAAAUGGCAUCUGGCGACGUCGCAUGAAUCACGAGUCACGUGUCAAGCUAAUAAAAAAGGCAGGCUGCGGUGGGCUGGUCAUGUGGCACGAAUGCCGGAAGAACGACAGGCGAAGAUAAUAUUCAAUAGAGAACCGGGAAGAGGCCGACGACUCCGUGGCAGGCCGCGUACACGAUGGCUGUUUGCAGUGGAAGAGGACCUAAAAGCACUCAAUGUCCAGGGUGACUGGAAGAGAUUGGCCCAGGUCCGGGUCCAGUGGAGGAGAAUUCUUCACUCGGCGUAGAUUGAACGAAGCGAAUUGUUGCCCAUCUAGUAUCAAGUAAUCAUCAGUUUUUAAAGACAUUUUGCAUCAUAUAAAAUUAAAAGCUUCCUUUGGACCCAUUAAUAAAUUACGUAACACUCUUGAAAAGAGAGUGGGAGGUACUACUGUUGUGACUUAUGGUGGAGGGGUAGUAAGAUAUAACGUAACGCAACAUGUUUUACCAAAGAAAUUUUUUUUUUUAAUGAAUUUUUGAUGUGAUAAAAAAAUUGUGGCAAUUUGUGCUGGUAGUCAAUUUUGGGCAUUUUUUGAGUUACGUAGUUUCAAACACAUGUCUCAACUGAACUCCAAAAGUCCCGUGAAGGCCUUUUAGCAUCAAAAAUAUGUAUUCGAUUAUGAAUAACGUUUGUUACACUAACAUCUCCUCACUUCCCCGAUAAUUGUAAGGACAUUUUCGGUGCCGUUAUUGGCAUUCCAAAGUAUAGAACUUUCGAAACGUGGCACAGUGGGACGGAAUCAAAAAAAAGCCGUGCAUUGAUAUUUGCGACGACACUAUUGGCUAUGGCACUUUAAUGUCUUCGGAAAGGUUUCUUUAUUUUUUAAGUAUUUUAAUAGAAUGUUGGAAAAUUUUGAUUUAAGGGGGUAUAAACGCAGAUAAAAAAAACUUUGCAAGUUGUUGCCAAAAUUGAUAGUCAUGUAUGCAAAGUUUGUAGAUGAAAUGAUUUUAUGAAACUUUGUUGAAGUAGCGAAAUGGCUAUCUAUUUAGCAAAAAAAGUUAUUGGGUGAAAUUAAAGUACAUGUCGGAAUACCCCCUUAAAAAGUGUUUUUGUGUUGUUUGCGGAAUAGACCAACUCGCCAUCUCUUCGUUUUUAGGAGCCUGGUUUUUUGGAUUAUUGGGCUAACUUUAAGGAGCUAUGGUUUGUAGAGUAGCAGGUAGUAGCAGCAAAAUUUAUUUUUUUGUUAUUCAGCAAGAAAUACCCUAUUGAUACAUAUAUAAAUCAUAGGGGAAUAUAAUGGGAUCCUUGGAAUAAUGUGGGGUAAAAUAGACUAUCAUUUCAAUAAUUUAUUUGUAUUAUGAAGCAUGAAAAAUAAACUAUUAUGCGAAAUUAAUAAACAUUUGAAAUAUUAUAAUUAUAUUAUUCCAUAUAUUCCGACAUUCAAAGUUAAUUUUUUGUUAUUAACAUGCUCAUCAGCGUCCUGCCAAAUCUUCUUCGUCAUUGAAUGAACAAGGUAUUUCGUUGCUUAGAAUACUCGGUUAUAUUAAUACCUUGUUAUUUAUCUUACCCCCUUAAAUCAAAAUUUUCCAACAUUAUAUUAAACUAUUUAAAAAUAAAGAAACCUUUCCGAAGUCAUCAAAGUGCCAUAACCAAUAGUUUCGUCGCAAAUAUCAAUGCCCGGCUUUUUUUGAUUCCGUCCCACUGUGCGUGGUAGGAUAGCUACGCCCAAUUCGUUGACUCGCUUUGCAAUUUUGCUUGUUCUGGUCAAUCACGGAGUAGCUACUACGAAUUACAUGGCCAUCAUGCUCAUGCUCAAAAAUACGAAUUCGAUUAUUUGAUAUUUAAAGGUGAAAAUUUUUGCACGUUUGCUGUUUUGCGCGACCUCUUAAGCAUGUCGCAUUGAGCUCAAAUUUUGCAUAGAGACUGAUGGUUUUGAAGUGUGUCAAGUUAUAAAAUCCGAUGGUUACUUUUUCCAAUAUAUGCCGUUGUCACCCUAAUGUACUGUCUCAAGUUUUUCGGUAAGUAGUCGACAUGAAGGUACUAAUCCGUUUGGAGCUCCUUUCAUCGAAACCUAUUGGACCACGAUGAAGCGCGAGCUUCGGAAAAUCUAUAGAGAGGCGAACGACGACGAAAAGGACAUUAUUGAGAAGUAGACAAAAACGGAGAAAACGUACCGUAAACAACUGUACAAAAUCUAAUGGAUAAAAAGUAUCAAGCAAUUUACUCAAACUCAUCCUAAAAUUUAAUCAACGUAUAUAAGCUUAAAAAACCGAAUUUUUUCAUAUCCACUACACAAACAAUAUUUUAUCGGUGCCUCCGGUUUCACAGCAAAAUGAGUGAGCUUAUCAAUGAAUUCAAAUUUAUUAAACAUUUAGACAAUCACGUUACGCGUGAUGGCUGUUCUAGAAUCGACGGGUGACAGCUGCACUGCCACCAGUGAGCGGAGCGGCAGUGUUGGUAACUCGUUGGUAGGGAUACCGUUUUUUCCGCAAUAGGUUCAUAGAAAAUAAAAGUACCGGUACUACGGGAAAAGGUAACACCGAUUGACUUCAAUUUAAUAAAAUUCGUACUAGACGUACUACACAAGGUGUAACAAUUACUCUAAGUGAAAAUGGAACCUCGAGACAGUGACCUAGGUACCACGUCCACAACAUUAUACGUUCUAAUAGCGUUUAAAGGUUUAGCCCAGCCUAAAAACUUCGAACAACACCAUGUCGUCAAAUAACGGGUGUUCAAUAGAAAAUGAGAAUGAUUUCAAUACCUUUCUGUAAUUAAAGUAAAGAGCGUAAAUUUUUUUUCUCUCCAAGAGAAUUGCUCUCUGGACUCUCUAGAAAUGGGUGGCAGGUUUCUUUUCGCUCGGGUGCUGUCAGUUCAAUCGAAGAUGGUGUCGAAACAGCAAGCACUCCGCGAGCGUGUUGUACGGUUUUACGAAACGCAUGAUCAUCGUGGAAAAAAGUUUACGGUGGACCACUUUCGAGACAAAAACGUGCCCGAGAGUACAGUUUACCGGAUACCGGCAUCCCAGAGCGCGGAGCGGAAGGCUGGUAACGGCUGUCCGGCGAAGGUAACGACGAUGAAGAAGAAGGAAGCGUUUUAAAUAUCACUGCUCCCAUAACUUGAUUCACCGAACCCUCAAGAUCGAGGACAUCAUCUGUCGGAAGAAGACUCGGUCCCCCGAGUACGAGUACGAGGACGAGCAGAUAGCGCUCGUGAAAUCGCAGUGCUAGUGGAUGACGAAUAACUACGAUUUAUGACAAAGUUACUGAAAUUAUGAAUCCUAAAUGCAUGCAUGAAAUUAUUUGAGUUAUCAUAAAACUACAUAGCUUGUGCCAAAAAUAUACAUGGCGUAACAUUCGAAUGUUUGGUUGGGUUAUUGUGGUUGUUUCUUGGACAUGUUUAGUUGUUUUGUUGUGAAGCUUAUUCAUAAUUAAGGAAUACACUAGUUUGUAUAAACUAUAUCAAUUAAAAGAGCCGAUAGCUAGACGAUAUUAAUGAUUUCAGGAUCUUAGUUACGAUUUUCAUAAUUUAUAUGCACGUUUUCGUGAUAUUUUAUUGUUCAAAAUAUUACCAAAUUUGAUACGUGAAAUCAUGUGACUCAUGUCCACGAUAUCAGCAAUUUGUAGUUUCUCUUCGCCUUAUCGAGAUAUUUUAUUUUAAUUACCAUCCGAUUUUUUAAUCGGAGUCACAUGAUAUUAUGAACUGGACCAUGAAAAUGUGAUCGAUUCGCGGUUACUUGUUUAUAGUUCACAUAUCACGAUGCAAAAAAUGUGGCACCAUAAUGAAUUUUUGGUGCUCAGCGCAUCUUUAGUGUUCUAUCCAUACAUCGCAUUGAACCUUAUCGAAUGUAUAAUAAUGUUCGAGGUCCUAAUAGAUUUUUUAUAGUUCGUGAAUGAUGUGCUAAGAAUCAAGAACCAGUUUACAAAUCUAUGAACAUUUGUUUAUUAUUUAGUUCAUUCACGAUCACGCAUGGUCAGUCGUGACUUUUAUUCUAGGAAGCAUGAAUAAGUUCACGUAUCCAUGAACAAUAUUUUGUGAUGAUGAGUACUAGCAGGGUUGCCACAUUCACAGAUAUUUCCGUAAUGUCAUAGUUUGGUCACAGCUUCUUUUUCACAAAUAACAGAUUUCCGCCAUUUUCAUGAAAUUUUCACAGAUCUCCGCAGAUUUUUGAAAAUAAUCUACAAAGAUUUUCGGGAAAUUUGAUACGAAUUUUCACAGAUAUUUUCAGGUUCGAAGCAUCACAUGUGGUAAAACGAUUUUUUAGUUAAAACACAAAUUUCAAUGUGGCAUUCUAGAAAACCAGGAAUGAUGAACCAACUCACGAAUGCCUGAACAAUAUUCUAUGCUUUUGUGAACUAUUUCACGGACAGACAUGGUCUGUGGUCACUAUUAUACUAGUAAUCAUGAACCAGUUUACGAAUGCAGGAACAAUAUUGUAUGACUUUGUGAACUAUUUUACCAACAUGAAUGGCAAGUCGUGACCGAUAUACUAGGAAUAGUGAACAUGUUCACGAAUAGAUGAAAAAUAUUUAAUUAUUUGUGAACUAUUUUACGACCACGAAUAUUAAAUCGUUACCAAUAGGGGAACUGGGGGUAAGACGGACAUGUUAAGGUUAUACUCAAAUAAAACAUAGUAAAAGCAUGUUUUUGUCAACAUGAAAUACUCUAUGUUGUAGCUCCAUAUGUUGGCUUUCGAGUACCCAGAGGGAUUAUGUUACAAAAAUCAACAAGUAUCUUCUGCACUUUUUUCAGACUGCGGGUGAAACGGACAUAUGGUGGGGGUAAGACGGACAUGUCGCCAAAAGAAUGCCCACAAUACAAAAUAUUAAAAUUUACUGUUUUUAAUGGUUGUUUUGGAUAGUUUGUGGGUCUUCUUAAUAUAUAUGUUCAAUUCGAGGUGAAAAAUAACGUUUUGGCGUUCAAUUUAAAGUUGAAGCAAAUGAUGUAUUUUCUAAUAUCGAUUUAUCCGUUGUCAUAAAGAGCUAUACAAUCAGUUCCAAUGAUCAGUGAAAUAAUUUAUUCAAAACUGGAAAGUUACAUAUUAAAUACGCAAUUGGUAGCAUCAGUUCCUCGAUUACGCAUAGCCAGAAUAUGGGACCUGCGCAAAGUCUUCUACCUUUUCCAGGUCCUAGGAAUUCCGUGUUCAGCCUCGGUCACAUUAACGUACAUAUUGCGGUCUACUACAUGUGAGACUUCAGCUAACUGGAUGGUUCUCCACGUUUGACUGCUAGAAUUUCGUUUCUACACGAGAAACAUUCAUAUAAGGAUGAAUCAAUAGAAUUAAUCAAGACUGGCCGUCUUGCCCCACCAGUACACAUAUUUUUUAAACGCUUGCACUUAUUCACACGUAUAACAACUUACCUGUUAUUUUCCACGAAGAUGUCAUUUAAGAGUUACAUUUUCGAAAUAAAAGAAAAAAAUCGCGAAAAAAUUGAUUUUUUCCUCGUUAAACCUUAAAAUCAGAGACGUAAAAAUUACAUCCGCAAGAAGAUGAACUUCUAAUUAUCAAUGUUUACUUACAUUUUUCGCUUUUAACAAUAUUAAACGCCUACUGAGUGCUUCAUAAUUCAAGGAUAUCCAUAAAGAGAGAGUACCCAUAUAAUGCAAAUGAACUUUAUAUGCUAUAUGCCUAAAAUAACCAUGUGUCCGUCUUACCCAACCUGUCCGUCUUACCCACAGUUCCCCUAUAUUGGGAAUCAUAAAGUAGUAAACGAGGAUUGAAAGUGUUUAUGAAUGGUAUUCCAUGUUCCGUUAAAUAAUUCACGAGAAACUAUCCAGACUUUUCAUUUUGUGUACUAAUUCACAACCACGAAAACCAUGAAUCAGUUCAUGUUAUAUAGCCGGAUUCUGAUUAAUUUUCCUAAAUCUAGGAAUAGAAUCACGAGUUUACGCACAGAAAAUCGAUUUGGUAACGACAUGGCGGAAACCGUAAUUGAAGGUCACAAAAAAUCAAAUAUCUCCAUUUAUAAAAGCGUUAUGAGGGCGUAACUGAAUAAAAAUUGAGCACAAUUAUAAAACACAUGUUUUUGUUCAUGGUUUUAUUUUCGUAACGUAAAAACGUGAUUGUUCCAAAAUUCACAUUUUUUUUCGUGUAGCUGCUUCACUGCGUUAAUGCUUAACCCGAGAGUGCUAUGCAGAAAUGCGUGCGUACUCUUAUCUCGCACGCUUGCGAAGAUUCGAGAAGUCAGUUCUGAACGCGUUUUUGCGAUAGAUGGUGGUUGACACAAUUUGGCGAGACAGUAGUGUCGUCGCUAAAACUAACGCGAAAGAAAGCAGUCUACGAUGUGAUAUAAACGCGCAUCCGUCACACACAUUUAGUUCAAACAGAGUUUCGACGCGAACUGAAAAAAUUGAAAAUGUGGCCUCGAGACAGGAACCUACGUACAGUUACAUCAUGUCAGCAAUUGCGUAUUAACAGUGUUUACAAAUUUAACCCAGACGGAAAACUUCAAGCAACAUGCCGCACGACUACAAAUAAGGCUAUUUCAAAACCAAGAUCCCUGCAUAUUUGGGUGACAAAAAUCGUUGUAGGUUUACAUGAUCUAGCACUAUGCACUAGUUAAGCACACCUUGAUCGAUACAUGUGGAAAUAUGGAGUAGUGGAAUCCGUAACGAGCGAAGCUUGAACAAAAAAUUCACCAACUUUCUCAAUGGCGCUCGUGUGAUCAAAAUGGGACCGACCGAACCAAUUCCAUCCUAUCUGUCUUUUAGAGUCACCGAAAGGCAAGAUAUUAUCUAUAGGCAAAUAACGCUGUGCAGCUUCCACGAACAUAUCCCUACGUGGAAGUUCUUUAACUAAACGCAACAUUAUAGAAAGCCACACGCUGAAGUCACUCCGGAAAAUUUACUUUCUACAAUCAACAGCAACAAACAGCCUUUGAUAUAGGCUACUGAAACACAAUCAAACGGCCAGAAACUACCUGAUACGUUUCGCCUCUUGAAAUCAGCUGCUAAAAUCAACAGCAUUAUAACAACGAUUGCGUCUAGUACCUCCAAACCAACAAUCAGCUCCACAAAUCACAUAGCAUCGAUAAAGUUUCCAUUUGUCUUAAUUACGGUCCUAUGAUAUUUCUGAAGCGCACAACUGGUAAUGUAGGCCGGUUCCAAGAGCAGGUGAAUAUUUUUCUGAGAAUUAAUGUAUGUACUUGAGUGGCGUUUAGAACAAUCAAUAAUCCUAUAUAUUAGGAACGAUAGAUGUUUCUGCAACUGUUUCUGAGAGCGGUUUGAAGUGUGGUACGGAGUCACUUCUUGUUGAAACAUUACUUAUGGGAGCAGUCCGUACUGUUAUUCAGUGGCGGCUCCAGAUCCAGAACCGUUAUACAGUGUUAGCGUGUUUAUUUAGAACAUUGUAGCUUAUUGAAUCUGUAUCGUUGACGAAUAAAACCAAUAGAAGUAGUUCUUAGUGGCUUCCUUAUGAAACAUAUUGAAUAAUGUUUGAGAUUCAUUUGCCAAAUCAAUCGCAACACUUCCAAGAUUCGAAAUUUCGUUUUCGAAAUCGUGCAUCAGGUAUAUUUUUCAAAGAGGCUGUGUCCUCAUAGAAGGACCCAUGGUGACAUAGACCUUUGCCGCCGUUAUGGCUUCUAGAAUGAACACAUUCGACGUUACAAAUCCAAACACCAGCGGGAUGCUGUAAUAAAUUUGAACCAUAAUGGGAUCACUGCGAUAUCAGUUUCGAUUUUGAUUGAUUUUGGCAUUUUUUUCCACAAGCCCUUAUGACAUACAAAAGAAAACUUUUCCAAAAUAUUUACCAGUCAAUACUCCUGAAAAUAACAUAACAUUUUGUUUUAAAUAUCAAUUAGCACAAGUUUAUUUCAUAUUCUAAAUCUAAAACUUCCUCAUCUUGGCUACGCCACUGGUGCAUUGCAUCUCGAAGCUUUACUUUCGUUCUGAAGUUUUUCAAAUCACAGAUAGUUACCGGUAGCGACUCGUCCUAUUAUUUAACAUUCACUGAAGCUUGCUUGCGUAUGUGAUAUCCAUGUUCGAUAACAUCUAAAAAUAGCUUUUCUAUAAAUAUGUAUGCCCUAGAAUUGAUUUAUCACCGGAACGAUGUAUUGUCAGCAGACAUCAAACAUUAAACACACAGUCAAUGCGAAAGAUGUUGUCAGGAGUCAGCAAAUCGAAAGGCUUCAUCAAUUCAAUACCAAGAAAACCCUUCUUCGAUUCACGAUGGUUCGAGUAGACAUUGGUUCUCCGUAAAACGUGACAUUUCUAGCAAACUAUAUUUGAUACAGUUGGCUCCGCUGCGUGUUGAUAUUAAUAUUGACAUUGAGCAUCGAUGUACUUGGGAUAUGUAUUUCGAUAUAACGGUGAUCAAAGCGUUCAAUUUCCGCGUAGGUUAAAAACCCUCAGAGCUUAUAUUUCUUGGAUGGACGGACUAUGACUAAGUUGCAUUCCCAAUCAGUGCUUUAUUUGGAGAUGAUUUGCAUAACGUUUCAAACAGAAUUUACCCGAUCUGCUCGAUUGUUUACAGAUCCACAAAAACUUCUAAAACUCAGAAAUUGAUAUAAGCAAUAAAACGUUCUCGACUUUUCCAAUCAACAAUUUUCACACCUUUUCCCCACCUGAGCCCCCGAUAAUUCCAGUCACCAAUAGUGUUAAAACAAACAAGUUCUACCACAGAACAAACUUUGGAGCAAACUUUUAACCAGCCCUGCCUAAAGCACACAUGCAUCAAUCAAACCCCUGUCGGAAUUCCGAAUGAGCGAUAGGCUUUUCGUUUCCUUUCUUUCCCUCUGAACAUUCCACAAAACCCUCCUCACGUCAAUGCAAUGGUGGCCCGACCCCCAUUGGAAAAACUGAAACGAACACGGCUCCCGUUUCACCUGGCUUCGAUGUCAAUUUAAAAUGUCUCACGCUCCCAUUCGCUUACACAAGAGCCAGUCCUUUUUCCCAAAGCAACUCAGCCGUCAGGCACCCCUUGAUUGAUAGACCGACCGACCGACUUUCACCCUCUUCCACCCUGCUCCUGCCUAACUCAGCCCAAUCUAAUCGUCCCUUGAGUUUUAUCGUACCGGCAACUCUAUGAAAAAUUGAAUUUUCCAUAGUAUUAUCGCAUUGCCACAGAUCACGAUGGAAUACGCGCUGCGCGGCUUUUUCUAUUGGGAUUUUGAUUUGCACCUUCUUUCAUCCAAUCGAUUGCAUAGAGGAGCUGACUGCCAAACUUGUGUCCCAAUUUGUCACCUUUCACACACACACACACACACAUGCAUACGAGGAAUAGCGAGUUUCCCUUUGUUCAGCAACGCGGGAUCCAGUACUAACAAGAGAGCGAUAGGUGGCGAUAGAUGCGCCAAAUGUAAAAAUUAAUUAAAAAUUUACAUAUGACCUAGCGACCACGAAAGCGCCCGGAAUUAAUUCGCUCCCCGUUGUGUGACUGUGUGUGUGUGCGUGCAUUAUUGGCAGUGCAAACUCCGGCUCCAAAUUCCCGAACCCACCUGCGAUCGACAAAAGUAUAUCAGCCGUGUAAUUCUUUGCAGCUCAAUAAUCUGCGGUAUCGAAUAAAUUAAAAGCAAGUAAAAUUAUUUAUUCCCAUAAAUUAAACUCACGGCUUUCAUAAAUUAAACGCCAGCUCUCGAUGUAGGGGUCGUAAUUGAAAUUCCGAAUAUCGAACCGUACCAAUUAAGCACUAUUUUCACUUGUGAUCUUGAACGAACAGCGAGAAUGAAAUAAAAAAAUACAAGCACACACACACGCGCGCGCGGGCGUUUGUGGUUCAUGUAGCAAUAACAAAUUGUGGAACACUUUAUGAUUCAAUCAUGAUUUCCGUUUGUAAUUAUUUUCACUGUGGUUGGCAACGAACUACGAUUUGCCGCAUUGUGUAAUUACUUCGCUAUGAAAAGCGCACCCCUGCUGUAGUUGUCGCCGUUGAAAGUUCGUGUCGUAUCCAAUCCGUUGCAACUACUACUAGCUGAUUGGUGAUAUGUAGUAACCUGUAAUCUAGCCGCGUCAUCCCAGUAGAUGUGUCAUUUCAAGGAAAAGUUGUGAACAUUGUUACCAAAGAAAUUACUGGUUGAUUUUUGUCGAGAAAUUCUGCGCUUGCACGUCAACCGGGAAAUCCGCGAAAUCUUUUUAAUUGUAGUUAAACUACAAAAACCACCACUUCGAAAAAUGCGUGAUGUGCAUAAAAUUGUAUAAUCAAUACGGUUGUUGAUUAUUUAAACAAUAUUGUUGAAAACGACAAGAUAAUAUUGUAUUUUCGUGAAAAAUGUGUAGCGUAGUUUGUAUUUUUUAAAGUUGCAUUAGUAAACUACUACUUUGCGUUUCCAUUUGGCUUCGAAUGAAAGGAAACGCCCAGUAGUUUGUGCAGAAUAAUCUAACGGUAGUUUAGCGUUUAUCGUAGGCAUGGUAUUGUUUGCACGUUUGAGCGGUAAAUUAAUUUCAGUUAUGAUCUACAUCGGUCGAGUUUCCAUCAGCCGCAAUUAAGGCUUCGAUAUGCUUCCGGAACACACAACAUGUUCUGAUGAUGUAGUGUGGGUCCAUGUCGCCCUAAGGCAGAUCAAUUUCUGUGGCUUGCUCCACUUGAGUCGCGUUUAGAACAAGCCUUGGCCUUCGUGACGCGCCAUACAGGAUAAUCCAAUGGAUUAAGAUAGACACAUCCUCCACCAACAACGGCAACGGUUCCCGCAUUCACUUUUGAGUGCGAUUCUUGGUGUAGCACGGAGAUUCAUCUUGUAGAAAUGUUACAUUUAGUUGUGACCCGUAUUGCUCUUUAAUACACGGAAGUACAUAAAUAAAUAGCCUACGUAGACCUCCGUGUUUACGUUUGUCGCCUUCUGUAACGAACUCCGAAUCCAAAUUCGACCAUCCGAAACCACCAGGAAUUAGGUGUGAGAACAGAACAGGGCUCGAUUGGCACGUUGCCCAUGAUAUUCGGAGAUUUGUGCCUUGCCAUGUUGAUUGGAAGAGAAAGGGAGAUGAAAGAAAAAAGUAAGAAAAUGGAAAAUGACAACACAAUAUAAUCACUACACCAAACAGUAAACAGCCUGUAUUCUUCACUCCCAACAUUUUUUUAUGAACAGUAGUAUUUCAGUUUUAGCUCCCUGUACAUAAGUUAUUCUAUGUAUGGAGAAUCGAAAUACCAGACACGCAACUGUAUUACUGCAGGUCAGGUACAAACUAUAUGAAGCUUCGUAAUCGGAUUCACAAAGAUCACACGAAUAUCGCUCAGCACUCUGAAUAGCAGCUAUGUGAUUAUUGCGUUUGCAAUGUCUAGUCAGUGCCCUGACUAGAAUACUGCAAUUGUGCUUGGAGAAACAACCACAUUUUCGGACUCACACCCGGCAGCGAAGUUUUUGUUUGAAUGCAAGAUUGCAAGCUAGACCAAUGGUCAGCAUGUUCGGAUGUAGCCCGAGAGCGAAUCUUGUGCCUUACCCUACUUAUCGAAACUGGUAGAACUGGUCCUGGACCGACGAAGUCAGUUGCAGCACCCAUUCUUGCCAAUUCGUCCGUCCAUCCAUUUCCAGUAUUGCCGGAAUGUCAUGGAACCCAUAGAAGGUAGAUAGCAUUUGGAAUAAUAAAUUUUUCCGCUUGAGUUCGACAUACGAUUACUAAUUUCGAUCUCGAAUCUGUCGAACUAAGUGGUUUCAGGGCAGCCAGACUGUCAGAAUAAAAAUAGAUUCUCUUGCCGAUUGUACGCCACACAGAAUCGCGAAGAUUUAUGGUUAGAAGACUGUACAGUAUCUACCAAGCGAAUAAGACUGAUUCAAUCUUAUUUCACGACAAUAGACUCCAGCACCGGCCCUCAAACAAAGCACCGCCAGUACAACAAACCUCCCAUUCUUCAAGUUGUCGCUCCAUCCAUCCAUUAGAGCUUGUACAGUCACACAGUGUCGUCUAGCUGGACAAAACAUCAAAAUUUUAUUUUGAAUAUUUUGCAACCUCAUCGAGAUAAACGUUCCAAUAUGUUCAAAAUAAUUUUAAUCGGAAACCCUCAUUGUAAACUUAAAUCGACAUACAUUUCACCGUAUCCAGGCAAAAAAUAAUGCGUGAGUGGCAAGUGAAAGCAAACUAAUAAACUUUAUUAUUGGUAUUAAUUUUGCUACGGUGGAAAAAAUGUUAUUGCACAUGAAAUAUAAAUUUAACGUCUGUCAAAAGUGUACACAAGUUUUUGUGCCUUAAGGGUCAGGUGAACGGGAUGAAAAAACCUAACAGAGAUUGUCUCGUUUACAACUUAUAGAACAACUUGAUGAUCCAAUGAUACUCAGAGAUAUUUCUUUUAAAAAAAGUGCCGUGCAUUAACAGCAAUUUUGGGGAAAACUGAAACAAAAAGUCUUCAAACAGAACCGACUCAAAUUCGUUCAGAAGUACAACUUUUGAAUUGAUCUGCUACUAAGCUACUUUGAACUACCCGGACAUUAUGCAGGGUGAUGAGCACUGUGAAAUUCAUUAUAAAUGUGUAGAUGCAAAAAUGAUUCAGUUAAAUCAAACUGACUUAAAUGUCUUAGUAAUAUAGGGGAAUCCGGGGCUAUUAAGACAUUAGAGAUGAUUCGGACGCUCUCAAUUUCUCAGAAAAUCGUAAGACUUUCUGACUGUCGUACCUAUUCGUGGAACCGCCAACAACCCAAAAUUAGCUUAAUUUGUGAUUUUCAGCCAAAAUAGGCAAUAUUUUAGGUUUUGCCCGACUUUUGUUUUCGAAAUUCCGCCACUGUACACCGUAUGGGAAUACUAUAGCGUAGUUGAUAAGUCUCACCUUAGUUCGAACUCUCACUGACACAUAUCGUCGCUGUUGUGCUAUCUUAUGACAAGCGCCAUUUAGCACUUUUCGAGAAAAACGAUUUUUAAAGCUUGAGAUUGAAUAUCUUAAAAUUUAUAAAUGCUACAAGCUUUUCGGAGAAAACAUUCGAUGCUUCUAUCUUUUCUGAAGUAAUCUCUCGAUUUGUGUGAAGAUCGGUUGACUACACUUACAGUUUUUGCUUAAAAUGUAAACCAAAGUCGCUCGCAUACGUGUUAUAAGUGUGUAUUGAUGAUAAAAUAUGUAUGACGUGUCACAAAUAUGCACAGAAGAUUUCAUAUAAAAAUGAAUCAUAACUGAUUCGUGAAAUUAUGUGCUAUAGAUAGCUAUGUGCGAUAUUAUACUUUUCCAUGCGAUAGCAGCAAUAUCAGGUUACAAAAUGAUAGUAUUGGAACACAAAGUUUUCCCAGUUUUCCUCUUUUAUUCGGGAAAAACAAUAAACAAAAGAUGGUUCCAUUAACAAUUUAGAGACAAUAUAUAUCAUACAAUGUUUGUGUUGAUAGGCGACUAGACGAAACAAAUAGUCUUCUUGCAUAAUCCAUCACUACAUUUCGGUAUACUUUCCAAAACUAGUGGAAAUCUCAAUAGGAAAUUUGUUCAAUAAUGUUGAAAAUAUAAGCCAACCAUUCCCAGAAAAAAAACCUAUUUUAAUCCACCUAGCGGUGCAAUUGUGCCUUUCUCAAUCAUGAAUCACGAGAAUGUGUGCGUUGUUUAUAUUCAUUAAAAACUUUUAAAUGCAUAUAUUACAUUUUAUUAUUAUACAUCACAUGACAACUAUAUACCGGAAAAUAAAUCAUUAUUCGAGUUCUAAAAUUUUGAAAAAGAAAAAAAAUCCACGGUAAUAUUGAACUGAAAAAGGUGCGAAAUCGGCAAAGUCCCAAAAAGUCGAUUUUCAUAAAAAAAAAAUUUCCGAGAUAACAUAAAAUCUCGACGUUUCAUGCAUUUUAAAGAUGUUUGGCAUCAAAAAUACGAAUUCGAUUUCUGAAAUUUCAUGGGGUCCCCCCUUUGAAAAAAAAUUGAGUUCCGGCUUAUAUGGGAAUUUCAUAUGUGACCGGACGAUUUAGUCUAUAUUUCCGGACCCAUAUAAGCGAUCCGUACGAAAUUUUAUAGACAUCUGUGGGGAUAUUAUAGCUAUCAUUUGGGACUAAGUUUGUGAAAAUCGGCCCAACCAUUUCAGGGAAACUGAUGUGAGUUCGUAAAUUUUGAAAGAUGGCCGCUUUUCCCGGGCACUUCCGGAACCGUCUAUGGUGGUCAAUGUAGUCAACGAAUGUUUGGUUGGCCGUCGGUGACCUAGAACAGCAAAUUUAAGUUGUUUGAGAGACAUUUUAGCGAAAUUUUUACUUUUUUUGCUUUCAUCGGAGUAUCGGUUUGAAUCACAAUUUGCUAUGUGGUCGCACGCCACAACCUGUAACUCCGGAACCGGAAGUCGGAUCGGGAUGAAAUUAAAUAGCCAUUUACGGGGACGCAAUACCUGCCAAGUUUAGUCGAAUCGGUCUAGCCAUCUCCGAGAAACCGAUGUGACUGUUAUUCUGAAUUUAGAUACUUCCGCCGGGGCUUCCGGAACCGAGGAUGGUGGCCAAUGUGGCCAAAUAGACUUUGAAUGGAUGUUAGUGACCUAAUACUACAAAUCGAAGCAGUUGUGGUCAUAUUUUGGAAAAUUUUUCACCUUUAUACAUUCAUUGCUGAAUUUAUUAAAAUCGACAUUUUCUGCGUGUUCGUACUUAUCACCCUGUAAUUCCGGAACCGGAAGUCGGAUCCAUUAGAAUCAUGGCAUAUCAUGGAAUCAUGGCAUAUCUAACUCAGUUCACCCCAAAAUGGCGUUUGUCAUAAGAUAGCACAACAGCGACGAUAUAGUGUGUUAGGCCGUUUGUCACCAUUGGGCAGAUCGGCCAGAAAAACAAAUAACUUUUCAAGAUGUACUCAAUUCGUUUUUGACGAUAUUGGGGCAUCGGCAACGACCCGUGGUUGUGGAAAUCUGGAAUCGUCUUUGUUCUCCGUAUAUUUCGAAUGCUUCUUUUUUUAAAUAAUUUGAACACGGUUGACAGAAUUGGCUCAAAUUUUGAAAAGAGUCUCAGGGUUGCAUGUCCGUAAUGCGGGGAAUCGUUUUUGAUCAUCCUUCUAUUACAGCUGUUUAUACUUGUUCAAUUAUGGGGGCCCCCUAACUCAAGAGUGCCCAGGUGCCCCACUUAAUCUUAAGACGGCCCUGAAAUCACAUCAAAAAUUGUGUUGAGGUAAAUAUCGGGGAUCGUUAUAUGAUACUCAUCGGCGAAACCAUAUCUUGGAAACCCGAUCUCAUUAAGUUUCCUUAACAAGCCAUCGUCAACAAGGUUGCAUUGAAUUAGUGACAGCAUACCAUCUUGAGGACAUCCGCAGACACAUAGUUUCCUUAUCUCUACUUGUUUUAACAAUGAGCACAGGCGUCGGCUGCUGGGUAUCCAGUUAGUGAUAUAUCAAGGUAGUCCAUGAUGUCGUACUGCUUCCAAAAUUGACCCAAAAGGCACGUUAUCAGAAGCACUUUCAAUGUCAUGAUAAAACUCCUUAGUUUGAUUGUUUUGCGAAAGGCUGUUUCAAUGUUGUAGAUAACAUUGCGCAACAAGGUGGUGAUAGACUUUCCCCGUUGAUAUGCAAGUUACAACGCUCACCCUAGCUGACAUCCCGAAUGUAGUGGUCGAUUGAACAUUCCGCUGAUUUGAGAAGGAAAGAUGACGGACUGAUCGGUCUGAAGCUCACUUCCUUGUACAGCUAUGAGGCCACCUUGGGAAAGGAAUUUUACAAUUACUUUCCGCAGCGCUAAUGGUCUAUAUCCUGUUGCAAGACUACAAGUAAGAACUUUUUUAAAAGAUGCUUUAAGUGUUCAUAUCCUCUUUGAAAUAAAACUGGAAUGAUUUCAUGUUUUCCCGGAGACUUAUACGAAGCAAAACUUUGAAUAGCCCGUAUGAUCGCUUCGAUUGUCACAAUUCUAGGAGCGAAUACCCAAGAAUCAGAACUACCUGAAAAGAACUAAGGGGCAGUCGUCGGUGAUGGUUCCGUACAGCCUAGAUAGUAUGUGUCAAAAAGACAGUUGAGUAGUACAUCUUCGUCAUUCCAUCAAGAGCUUCCUCUAGAAGCAUACAGAACUCGAAGUGGAUAAGCCUAUUGCUAUGCUGCUAAUACGAGUAAGUCUGUUUUAUCCACGACCUCAUCCAAGUCACUUGGAGAUUCAAUCGUUGGUAAAUCACUGUGAUACCUAGUCGCCGAGCACUCUUCGUAGAGGUCGUAGAUUCGUAGAUUUGGGAUUACGAUAUAUGACGAUAUCGAGCAAGACGUUUGAAUGAUCAAAGACGAUCUACUUAUAACCAGAUAACGAUGGUUUGAGCUCGUCGGUUACGAGCCAGUUUGUAAACUCAUGCGUAAUACCGUCAGACCAGAGAGUUACAUCUAACACCUCUUCUCUGUCAGCUUGUGCAAAUGUUGGGCGAUUUCCUACAUUAGGGGAGACCGGGGCUAGUUGGCGGUGUUUUCAGUUUUCAUUUUUUACCGCUUUGAUUUUAGUAGAUCUUGCUAAAUAGAACACGUUGCAUGAAAGGGUAGACUGUUGGCAACAUCUCUGAAUUUUAUUAAAAUGUUUGAUACGUUGUCUUCUUUUCUAGAGACAAAAAUAUGUGACACGGAAAAGCCGCCAACUUACCCCAGCCUCGGGGUAAGUUGGCGGACUGCCAGAAAAUAAGCCAUCUAAUGGAAAUAGAAUUACAUAAGUGGUCCAUAUGAGAUUGUCUUUUCAAUUAAACUGUAUAGUAUUCGAUACUUUUCAUUAUAUUUCAGUCUCAAUACCCCGUCAUUUUGACUUCGACGCGUACUCCAUAUUCAAAAGCAAAUUUUCGCAAUUCUUGGCGAUUGGCUGAAAUAAAUGCCACCUCCAUUGACGAGAGACACAAGAAAAAUUUUCUCUUACUUUGGAGUGAAUUCCAGAAAUGAAAAUCUAUGAUGACUAUUUUUGCAUUAGAAAUAGUACCGCCAACUUACCCCAACCGCAUAUUUUAUAAAAAGGAUUUAAAAAAUUACUUUUGGGUAUGAAUAGGUAUAAUAUCUAUACGGAUGCUGAAAGCUCUUUUCACGCACUAUCGAAAAAUAUAAUCUUUCGGGGAAUAGAUUGAAAACCAGGGUUGUGGUACCGGUAAUACCGGUACCGAAAAUUCCGGGAAUACCGAUCCAUUUUUGGUACCGUAAUACCGGUACUGAAUAAAAGCCAGUACCGGUAUUUUCGGUACUAUACAAUUUUUUAUGACAAAUAUGUUAACUCUACAGGGGGAUCUGUUUCAACAUAUCGGUCUGCAAGAUAACGUUUAAUUAUACUAAUUUGCCUUCUAGAUAAAUCGGUGAGAUAACACCUUUGUGUGGGAAUGAGGUGGAGCCAUCAUCCUAAUAAUUCUAGAAGUUAAAGUUUUAUUAGCGACAUUUUGAUUGGUUUCCAUUAUUCACUGGGUUGCGCGUAAUAAGACUAUGGUCUAAGUCAUGUCUGUAUUUGGUUUGCUCUUAAACCUUUAUCUAUAAAAGAACGAACAGCGAUUUAGUAGCUAACAGCUAUAAACUUGAUGAUCUGCUUCAAAUGGGGCGAUUUGUAAUUAUUGGUGAUCGGAAAAUCCAGCAAAACUCCAUAGUUUACAGGACAGCAAGGAGCCUUGAUAUGCAUUAGAGAAUAGCAAGCAAACGACAAAAAGGUCGAAACCAAUUUUCAGAAAAGCAAGAGAGGGAAUGCGAUUAACCUGCUCGGAUUUACUGCCAUUCUCGCUUUGAUUUAUUGUUGUUAAAAGGGUUUCAUACAUUUACCAUCUGUUCAAGUCGACGAAAGUCGCACCACUUAGCAGUUAUUGAUUUCAAAGUGGCCUAGAUUUCGAAAUAAAAGAAGGUGCCCUAUACGAAAAAUAACUUCUGUGAAAUUAGUCUUGCCAUUCCGAAGAAAUUAAAAAUAAUUAACAUAAUUUUUGAUCAGUACAAAUCAAUCAUCAGAGAAUAAGAUCAUCAGUUUGAGCAUUCAAUUUCAGUUUAAAGCUUUUUUUUAUUUUUUUAUUUAAAUAUUCGAGUACUGGUACUUUACCGGUACUGAGGGCUUCAGUACCGUAGUACGGUUCUCGCCAAAAAGGGUCGGUACUGCGAACCCUAUUGAAAACCAUCUUAAAUAACACAAAAUGUUUAAAAUUAAGAAAAUUUACAAAGUAUGUUCAAAAAUACAGUAUCGUCCACAGCUUCUACAAAACAUAAUGUUUCGCAACAAAAACACCUUGGAUAAUGCGUUUCGCAUUACUUGAGGUACACAACGAGAGACAGUGCUUUAUGUCUAAUAGAAACGGAGAAAAGGGCGUUCCGCCAACUUACCCCAACCGCCAACUAGCCCCGGGCUCCCCUAUGUAUGUACAGAUUUGCACGACUUAAGUAUCCCAUUAAUUCUGUGCCUCUCAAAUUGAAAUCUGAACUGUCCCAAAUUAUGUGGUGGGACUUUGCACCACCGAAUAUGAGUGGAAACCCGUAUCUGCCCCAGCAUAAUACAACCCUCUUGAAGUCAUCAGAAGGCAAUGGUUCAUUAUACCGCAAAUAUGCCGAACAUUAGACACAUUUCUUGUUUAUGUUAUCAACAGUCAUAGACUGCGACACCAUAAAUAUCUCGAGUUUUUAUGGCGGAUAGAAGACAU